AUGAGGACCAGUAAGUCUUAUAAACUAGUGCUGCACAAGAAAGGCUUUGGAGGAAGUGGUAAGCAAUCAUCUGUGCUUAUUGUAACCUUAAUUCAGAUUUAUUUAUGGAUUGCUUUUAAUGACCCUUCCCUCUGAGCAGAUGAUGAGCUGGUUGUCAACCCUAAAGUCUUCCCACAUGUUGGUCUCGGGGAUGUGGUGGAGAUUGCCCACCCCACAGAUGAAUACAGGUAUGCUUGGAGGAUGGGAUACAGCUUUACACCCUAAAGCCUCUUUCUUAUCAAUAUCAUAUUAUCUUUAUUAAAUUUCAAUGCUGUUUUGAAGUUAAGACCAUAAUCUGGAAAUGUCUCUCACCAUAAAUCCUAGUCCUCUGCUGCUGCAAGUGAAAAGCCUGAAAGAGGACCUUCAGAAAGGUAACUUUAGUCUGAUCCCCAUAAACUGUUCUAAUAACCAUUUGGCAAAAUCAGGUGCACAAAAAUUCAAAAAGAGAGACCUAGGGGAACUUAUAAAUACUUUAAAAAAAGAUGUGGAGUACGUAGAAAUGUAUAGAAGAACAGUGAAGUCAAUAAGCUGAUCAGAAAGCUAAUGUCAGUAUUUUAAUGUUGUCUUUAUUUCUGUCAAAUAAAUUGUACGAGUAACACUUCAGAAGUCUAAAGCACACAAAAAUGUUAAAAGUACCUGCACACAGUUAAGGCAGUUUUUCCCUGAGCAGACAGACCAUGUAUAUUUAUGAAUCAUCUGCCUGCCUGUCUCUGUCUGUCUGUUAUAAAUGUUUUGUGUUUGUAUUCAGCUGAAACGCUGUAAAUUAAAAUGUUUGUGAUCAUUAACUAGUUGGCAGUGUCUGAUGGUCCAUUUCCCUCUGUGCAGAGACGAUCAGCGUGGACCAGACUGUAGCACAAGCCUUCAAACUGCGUGCUUACCAGGAUGUUAUUGUUAACAUUGUAGACCCAAAGGUAGGUUAACUGAAGCCUGCCUAUGCUGCCAGCAUGUGUCAGUAAGACAGGAUCUUGUGGAGGGGUUUUUUUUGUGUUUCUUGCAGGAUGUAACUCUGGACUUGGUUGAGCUCACAUUUAAAGAUCAGUACAUUGGCAGAGGAGAUAUGUGGAGACUGAAGAAGAGUCUGGUGUGUUAUUUAAAAAAUUGGUUUCUCUCUCUCAGCAUGAUGUAUGAUAGCUUAAUUACGAUAAAAAUCAGAUAUAACUUUUACAAUCUUUACCCCAGGUGAGCACUUGUGCUUAUGUGACACAGAAAGUGGAGUUUGCAGGAAUCCGGUAAGACACUGAUGUUUAUUUUCCAUACAGUAAUUUGGAAAAAAAUCUGUCAAUCAAUGAGAUAUUAAAAAAAUCCAUCAUGCACCUGCACUUUCCUGUAAUCAAGCAGCACUGAGAGCAGAGCUUGGUUAAGGCUAGAAAUAUAUUAACAUAGAUGAACAGGGUUUUUAAUCCUGGUGUCCUGACCAUUUUUUAUUUGAAUUAUGUUAUUUAAUGAAAUCUCUGGAUGUGAUAGAAGUUCCUGUGAUAAUGACUGCUUUAAUUUUUCAGAGCCCAAGCCAGUGAGCUCUGGGUGAAGGGUGAGAAGGUGACCUGUGGGUACAUUAGUGAAGACACCAGGGUAAGAAAACUUUUCAAUCCAUAUCAGCAGCUGUUUUCAAAACAUGUUUUAUGAUACUCUGUUUUGGUUGGGGUAGUUUUUAAGAACCCCAAAGCAGAUCUCUUACACUGAGGCUGGUAGGAGAUACAAUUAUGAAUUGAUUCAGAAACGGUGAAAGAAAGGGGACAGUAACGCAGGGGAUGCGCCAUUAGCUGUGGGGAGUGAGGCAGGUCAGUUUGCAGGAGAAAAACGGGGUUGCAUAAAGCAUGCAGAUCUGACUCUCUGUUACUAUGGAAGUGAUAGUGACUCAUAUCUCAAAUUCAAAAGCAUUAGCGCGAAUGCUUUUUCAUUUCAAACUCAUGGCUGCACUAUUUGACUCAAAAAUAAAAAUAAAAACCAAUAUUCCAAAAUGCAUUUUCAUUUUCUUCUUCAAGACUGCUCAUUUUGUGACUAAAUUAAAAAGCAAAUCAAACUCAGAAAUGCUUUUUCGUUUUCAUGCUCGCCCCGCAAAAAGUGUCUCCUAAUUCAAUCUGAGUUCGCAAUCUCAAGUGGCGCAGGAAAGUGACUUCUCGGACCCCACUCGUUCUGGCCCCCUCUGGCCGAUAGGGGGCAGUGAAUCCGUGUAUCAUUUGUUCAAUUGAUAUUCAAUGUAAUUAACACAGCCUGUAUACUGACUGCGAUCAGUACGAGUGGUAACAGCGGACGCUUUUCCACAUUAUAGAAGGAAAUAUUUGUAAUAUAUCUUCGUUUACACCAAGUGUUUCGUUUCUGCUUAUUUGUAGCGUGUAUCAUAGUUGUGGAGACGUCCACACAAACAUUGAAUACAACCAACAAGCGAGGUGUACAGGCUGUGUUAAUUACAUUGAAUAUCAAUUGAAUGAAUGAUACACGGAUUCACUGCCCCCUAUGGGCCAGAAGGGUCCAGAACGAGUGGGGUCCGUGACGUCACUUUCCUGCGCCACUUGAGACUGCGAACUCAGAUUGAAUUAUGAGACACUUUUUGCGGGGCGAGCACGAAAACGAAAAAGCAUUUCUGAGUUUUUUUUUUUUUUUUUUAGUCACAAAAUGAGCAGUCUUGAAGGAGAAAAUGAGAAUGCAUUUUGGAAUAUUGGCUUUUAUUUUUAUUUUUGAGUCAAAUAGUGCAGCCAUGACUUUGAAAUGAAAAAGCAUUUCUGCUAAUGCUUUUGAAUUUGAGAUAUGAGUCACAAUCGCUUCCAUAUGUUACUCUGUUAUUUGGUUACUCGACAUUGAUCUUGUGAUCUUGUGACACAGGUGGUGUUCAGAUCUACUUCUGCGAUGGUAUACAUCUUCAUUCAGAUGAGCUGUGAGAUGUGGGACUUUGACAUCUAUGGUUUGUUUGUCACUUUCACUGUGAAGUGCAUCUUUUUUUCAUACCAGCUUUCAGUAACAUGCUUUUGUCAUCUUUAUCAGUGAUUCUGGAGCAAACUGUUUUUGCUUGCAGGUGAUCUCUACUUUGAGAAGGCUGUUAAUGGAUUCCUCUCUGACCUUUUUGCUAAAUGGAAGGUAUGUGAUUCCUCUGGUCUGCUCCUGUUUGAUUGUUGCUUUUGUGACCAAACAGGGUUUUGAUGUUUCUCCUUGAAACAGGAAAAGAACUGCAGCCAUGAGGUGACCGUUGUACUUUUCUCACGUACGUUCUACAAUGCCAAAACUAUUGGUAAGUCCGGUUUUGUCAUCAUCAUUGGGAAUAAUAAUCCAUAUUAUGAAUCGAUGUAUGAAUGCAGCUGUCAAUUCCUCAGAGGAAUUUCCUGAGAUUCUGAGAGGGUCCAUCAGGCAUGAUCACGAGGGACGUUUCUAUGAAGACUUUUACAGGUGAAGCACAUAGCCUUCUCUUCUUUACCCUAUUUCAUAUAUUCUUAUACUGGGUUACAGAUUAGAUGGUAAAGGUCUUUUUUUUUAAACUCUUCACUAUCUUGUGAUCAGGGUGGUUGCUCAGAAUGAGAGACGAGAUGAGUGGACAUCACUAUUGGUAACUAUCAAGAAGCUUUUCAUUCAGUAUCCUGUCCUGGUGCGGUUACAAGAAGCAGGCAAGGAAUGAGUCCAGAGUUUGUCUUCAUUUGAGAUCCACUAAUCAGGAUCCUGAAACUAAAAUUGUGAUUUUAUGACCUUUUGCUAGAUGGUUUUCCCGUCGGUUAUAACUCCACUGCUGCGGAAGGAAACUACCUGGAAGCUAUCAACCUUUCCUUCAAUGGUCAGUGGUCAUCAGAUGAGCAUCAAGGGGCCAGGGGGUAUCACACAUGGUUAAAAUCAAAUACAGAAAACAUAGAAACAAAGGGGGUGUAUGCUGGCUCGGGCAACUCCUCUGCUUGCUUUGGGAGACUGUUUCUGCAACAUCCAAGGGGGUUUUCUAUCCCACAGAGGAGAUCAGAGUAUUUUCUAGUACUGUCUAGAUCUAAACCCACAAAAAAAAACAAAAAAAAAACGUAGAUAUUCAUCUGAGAUGAUUUGUGUAUUGAUUGAGUUCAAGGCUCUCAGAGAAAAUGGGAGAAAAAGAGGAUGUUGCUGGCUUUAUGCCUUAAUGCUUUAAAGUGCCAUAAAAUAGAGAUGAUGACAAAAAUGAGAGCUAAUAGAUGAUUGAUUUUUAAGACUUCUGAGGCAUUGAGUUACUCAUCAUGCAACUUCUGACUAUGAACAUACAAGGAGUUUCACUCAAGGACUUAUGUGUUCUCUGCUUUUUAAUGGAGACAUUCUGAAGUUCCCAUUAAACUCCCUUCAGUGUCAUGCUAGACUUUUCUCCUCCUUAUUUUUGUUUACCCUCCAAAUUCAGUCUGAAGGCUUUCCCUUAGAGGUAAGCCUUUCUUUGUGUGAAGCAUAUGGAUGGAUCCCUGCAGUAUUUCUCAUUCAGUUAAUCCAAACCCAAUCGACAGAUGAGAUUAAAUGACUGAAUUGGACGAAUCAGAGGUAACAUUAAUCUAUUAAGCUAAACUAAGAUCCUUUCUUUUCCAGUAUUUGACAAGCAUUACAUCAACCGAAACUUUGACCGUACUGGCCAGAUGACAGUGGUCAUAACACCAGGUGUAGGGGUUUUUGAAGUCGACCGUUUGCUCAUGAUUCUCACCAAACAGCGGAUGAUUGACAACGGUAUGUGCAGCAACACAACACUUGGAGUAGGUGUACAAACGAGCGAAUACAUGCCAUGUUUGAAGAAGUCAGUAAUGUUAGUGAUAUCAUUGCCCCUCUACAGGUAUUGGUGUUGACUUGGUAUGUAUGGGGGAGCAGCCUCUCCAUGCUGUACCUUUGUUUAAGGUAAUGUUCAGAGUGUCAGUUUUGGUUGGUGUAGGUAACAUACCUGUUGGUUACUAAAGGGUGUUGUCUCUGUAGCUGCACAACAGGACGUCACCUGGAGACUCUCGGGUGGGAGAUGACUAUAACCUCCCUCACUGGAUCAACCACAGGUAUGAUGAUAUAAGAUAAACUCAUGUUCCAAUAAUGUGCUCAGGUGUCAUUUUGGACAUACCUGUAGAUAUUAAUGUCUUUUUCCUUGUAUAGCUUCUACACUUCGAAAAGUCAGAACUCUUGUGGCUCCUUCACACCGAGAAUCAAGCUUGCUGGUCACAAGGCAAAAUAACAUACUAUUUCAGUAUUGUUUAACUUUUAUCAUAUAUGUAUAUGUAAAAGAUAUUCAUUGAUUUCUACUCUCUUAUAGCCACACUCAGAGAAAUUCAAGAGCAGCAGGGACCAUUGUAAGUUUUUCACCCUGUUUCUGUCAGAAUUGACUGUAAAUGAAGCAUUGACUAGACGCAUUCAUCUGUUAGCUAGCUGCAGCGAUUGCUCACCUUCUCUGCAUUGUUAGUCUGUUAGCUAGAGUAAGAUAAAAAUGUUGACUGAUUCUUGUUCUGUCAUUGUCCUGUCACCACAUCAUGAAUCCUGCUGAAUUUUGCAAUCCUCUUAAGUGUUCGUGUAACACUACCUUAAAGUCAGAAUUUGCGGUCAUAGGUCACUUAUUUAAUAAUCAAGAACAGGAUGAAUUGCCAUUAAAUUUAUUGCAGAUUGAAACUACCAAUAGGAUUAAAUGUGAUAAUUCUUCUAAAGCUAACUUCAGCUUAAAUUAUUUAAGUCCAACUCUGAUCAUAUUUUUUUAAUCAAAGUUUUUUCAUUGGUCGUUAAAUUGUGGUUAUUACCAAAGUUUUUUACCAAAAAUCACGUUACCUGUGUCAUUUUUCAAGGGCUUUUCUUCUGCAGAGCUCCAGUAGCUCAUUAGCAAUUUGCCUCUGACUCAUGGGCGGAGACAGCGCUGCUCUGAACACUCCUCUUCACACUCCUCUUCACACUAGCUUGCAGCCUAACAUUUUCAGUGUAGCAGAAGAAGCAGGUAAUAUAGGAACUAUUCAGCUCUCAGACAAAUGUCUUUGGGGACAUGAUGAAAGUUAAUAUCAUAAUUUGCUUUCUUAUGAGCAUUGCAUUGCAACAAGCGUGUGUGUUAGACACACUAUUUAUCGGGGUCUGACCUGCAGAGCGGGACGCUGGGGUGGAGCUUGCAGUUGUGAAACAGGAAAUCUCACUGUGUCUGAUCCUGCUGUUUGAGUCUUCCAGAGAUUCACAGGGAUUUAAAUGCAGAAAUACUCAGAAAUGCAAUUUCACACUUAUUUUUCUCAUAGUAUGUCCUGUAGCAUCAGGAAAAAUGCCAUAUAAACAUGUAAAAAAAAAAAAACAAGGAAAACAUGAUUUUCAUCAGAGUGGGUCUUUAAAACCCUAUUCUGGUUAUCUGACCACUCUAAGAUGGACUUACCAACCUUCCUCUGUAUAGACAUACAGUUACGGGUUUUAAAGACACUCCUGUCUGAAGAAAAAGGUGAAUGUAAACCCAGGACUAAAAGUUUUAGCUUUUGCUUGUUUUGACUUUUUUUUCCGUACUGUAGCAUCACCAGCUGUAAAACCCAGACUGUAUUGUAUCAACCCUCCUCUAUAUGUCAGGGUGUCUGUCUGUCUCAUGAAGCUCUGGGUGUCUCCUAUCACAUACUUGUAAGGACCACGUUUGAACAUGUGGUUAAUUUCUGAGAAGAAUAAGGGGAUGUUUAUAGUCCAUGUAAAACAGUUUUUCCCUACCUUGUCCAGCGCUCUGUGCUCCAAAGGACUCUGACAACAGCCUACCUAUACAGGUAGACUAUGAUGCCCAUGAUGCUCAGGUGUUCAGACUACCUGGACCCUCACGAAUUCAGAGGAGCACCAACUUCAGGUACUAACUAUUGACACAAUCAUACUGCAUUGCACACAGAAUACAGACUAGAAUUGUUAUUUGGCGACAACCUUUUUCACCACUCAUGACUGUGUGUCCAACAGGAUUAGUCAGGACAAAGAGAUGAGUGGGAGGAAAAGCUGGGGCUCUGUGGACGUCAGUGCCAGCAUAGGUGUGUCUCCACCUAUCCGCUCUGGAGGUCCAGAGGAACAGCGUAGUCUGGCCUCUGAUGAUAGUAUGGGCCCUGCGUCCCAUGUAUUAUUAAUACCUCGCAUGCCUCCUGCCCAGUAUGAAGUCAGCAGUUCCCUGGGAUAUACCAGCACCAGAGGUAAUCUACCAUAUCACCACACAUUUCACAUAUAAUGAAUGUGCUGCAUCUUUUUUUCUAACUGUGUUAAUCAAUUUGUUCAGAGUUACUGGAGAAGAUGAUGGACUCUCAGAGGGAUUCAAGUGCUCCUGGCCGUUUUACAGUGGGAAGUGCUGAGUCCACCCUGCACAUCCGUCCUGGAGGGUACACCCCUCAGAGAGCACUCAUAAACCCCUUUACCCCAUCCAGGAUGCCCAUGAAGCUCACCUCCAACCGGCGGCGCUGGAUGCACACCUUCCCUGUUGGUAAGGAGACAACCUGUUCAAACACAUUUGGCAGUCUGACAGUGUGAUCUCUUGUGGUAAUUAUGAACCUUUAAUACUGUUGUUUUGAAUGAUGAGUGCAGUUUAUUGUUGAUGUUGCUCUCCACAUUUGUAGUUUUGUUUUAUCUUACAUAAAAACCUCACUUUAUCAGUGAAACUGUUGGACUUUUCCAGUGAAUUUUAUUAUCACUGUCCUUUCCAGCAAUGUUAGGUUGUUUACAGCCCUAAACAUGGUUCAGUCCAAUCUACACUGUAUAAUGAACUCACUAUCAUUCUCUGUUUGGAGUGCUUUUCUGCUGUUCCCUGCCCAAUCUGGAAAGCUUCAGGAGUAAGGUCUUAUCUGGGGAGGGAAUGCUGGGACUUAAAUUAAGUGUGGAGUGAGCAGGCUGACAUGCUUUCAGGUCAUGUGAUCAUCUCAUACUCAUUCAGUUUAAGCACGAAAUUGUCUUUUUUGGGAAAACCUGAGAGGUGGAGGAUUAAUGUGGUGCCUGGGUUUUCAUUGUCCUUCUUGUCACAUUUGAUUGUUUCUGAUGUUUUUAUCAUCAACCACUGUCUGUUGACAGUGGUUGAUGAGAUGAAUAAAUCACAUUUGUGCAAGAAAAAAUAUAUAUAUUUCACAUUUUUAUCGUGCAGGAGUUGCUAGUGAAGGUUUCCUUGCCUGCUCACUGUGACACACCGGCAUUAUGAAACACGGGUCUUUCACAAGUUUGAGUACAUCUUGUACAAACAUGGAAGAAUGAGGGAUGUACUCUUUUUUAAUAAUGGCUGCCUUUCUAUUGAACUUCACAGACUCUCAGAUCCUGCCAAACUAAGAGCUGCUUCAUUUUUUAAAUUUCUUUACUUUUCAAAACUCUACUUUGAGUUUACACUCAUGUGCACUAGUUUCUUAUAGUGAGCCGGUCUAGGUUGAGGACAUUAUGCUUUGAGAAUCUAGGGGAUGAAUAUGUAUAUACAUGGUUGUAUGUGUAUCAUAGGGAUGUGUGCACUUUUUAAAUUAAAUAUGUAAGGGUAUUGCUAAAGUAACUUUUUUUAAUCAACUGUGUAUUUGAUUCAAUUGUAGGUCUACAUUGAUUUUGUAUUUUCAUUUUGGCCAUAGGGAGUGAAAGUCGAACAACUGACCCAGUUUAUACAUUUCUGCUGGCUCACUUUGGCACCAUUUCAGCAGGAAAUUAACUUUUGGGGUAAUUUGAAACUAUAUGUUUAUAUUUUUAAGUCAGAAAAUCCUUGAAAAAUGAAUGAAAAACUGUAAUCCUCUUACAUUUAGGGUCACUCACUUGCCAGUGCAUGUUCAAGACGGCACAGUGAGGAAGCAGAUUAUUUCACGCAAACGCUGCCUGUCACAUUUAGGCAACCAGUCCAGCAGUAAGACCAAAAUGCUGUCAUGAGUGCUCAUCAGCUGCAUCAGGGAAACACUAUAGCUCUAAUUUCAAAAGAAUGAGGGAAAAAAUUAAUGAAUUUUCAUUUUAAGAUAAAUCAAGUUCCUGUAUUGUAUUGUAUUGCAAAAAAAGGUAAUUAAAAGGUGACACCAGCACUGAACAGGGAAGGAUCAAGGCAAGUCUAGAUAGAUGACGUCUAGAGAGAUGAACCCCCUACGCUGAAUUACAGCAGGUACAGAGAGGUCUUUGCUCUGCCUGUGCUGCGGAACUAAAGGUGGGGAUUGAUUUAGAAAAGGUUUUGAAGACCAAAGUCUUGUCUCCAUCACUUAUGGGAUAAAUAGGGUAUGUUUUAAAGAAACAUACAGUGACGUGUUCAGACAGCUCCAUGGACCUUCAUAUAAACUGAUUUUAAAAAAUAAGUGACAUAAGGUUUAAUAUAAAGUGGCACUUUCCUUGCCUGAUAUCAUUAGGAGUUAUAAUGGGGUCAGAGAUGGAUAAAAAUAACUGUCUGUGUGGCCAAAAAAAUACUUAAAAAAUAAAUAAAUAAAUAAAAUAAAAAUAACAGUCUGUGGUUGGUAAAAAUGUAAAUUAAGGUUGACGGGAGCAGGAACUCACUGCCAGUCUGACCUCUCAGUGAUGUCAUGGCAACCCUCAAAUAUCUUGUCUUUGUUGAGUGUUUCAUUGAAUUCAGGUGGAAAAGAAUUUGGAAAUCCUUAUUUUCUUUUUUUAUUCUUUUUUACACAAAGUCCCUAAAUCACUGAAGUUAGAGUUUGUACAAAUGUUUUAGGGGUUUGAGAUUAUUGUCAAGACUCCUUCACAUAUUAUGGAGUAAAACUGCUAAUCAAAAAUAGGAUAAUAAUGAAUAAUGAAGCCGUUCUUGGCUCUCAGAGAAUUCCUCUUCAGUUUUACAUACUUUGAUGAGACAGCUGUAAGUAGUGACACUUGUCUUGUUCCAAGGUCCUUCUGGAGAGGCAAUACAGAUCCAUCACCAAACCAGACAGAACAUGGCUGAACUGCAAGGUAGCCAGAAGAGAGACCCCACCCAGACAUCUGCGGAGCUGCUGGAGCUGGCCUAUCAUGAGGCCACUGGAAGGUUGACCCACCUAACUCAAAUCCCAAUCUUUCCAUUUUAUAGGGAUUUUCUCAGAAAUCCCUCUUAAUGAGUCUUUCGUAUUUCUGCAUUAUUUCAGACGAACAACCUUCAGGCAUGGAGGAGAGAAUAGCUUUUACACCGGUGGAGGGAUGGAGGAGUUUAGUGGCAGUCCCGGGAGCAACAACAACAGUGGUGAUUCACCCUCUCAGAAACUAGUGGCUUCAGUCACCAUGUGUCUAAUGAUGCUCAGGGUAGGGUUAAGUAGACUGAUCAUACAUACGGGGGCUUUGUAUGGAAGUUUUGAGUUUGUGUCGAGUGGACUUUCGGAGUUAGAAGCGUGUAAAAAACACUCGACCUGACCCAAAAAACUUGAAAAAUUUACUAAGACUCUGAGACUCUGAGACUCCGCCCCCGCGUAGCUGUGUUAUUUUUUGGGGAUUCAGAAUAUGGUCACCCUGGGGUUAGGGUCUCUGAUGGCUUCAGAUGCUGUGGAAAAACUUAUUUUGGAAAGUUAAUAGAUCAAAGCUCUACAUUUGCAAGAACUAUCAAAAUGGUUUACAAUAACAUAUUGCCUUUUCUAGCACAGACCACCUUGAUACACUGGAACAUGGUUGAAGUUAUGAAGACCUUCAACCAGGCAACAUAUUCAUUUUCAUUAGACCACGAGUUAAAUAAUAAUUUAGAAAUAACUGAAAAACCAUGAUUCUGUUGUUUAUGAUGAUGGGUGUCCCUGUAACCCUGUGACUCAGUCUGACCUGUGCUGUCUUACAGGAGGAACCAGUCGGGGCUCAUUAAAAGACUUUUCCAUCAGUGGACCUAAUCCAAGUAAGUUCAUCCUGAAAGUUGAAACAUGUCAAUUGUUGCAAAAUAACAUCACUCAAGAUUAGAUAGGUAUUUUAAUCACUAAACAGUAUGAUAGCAAUAAUGGUCAGAGGUGUUGUUUAUCCAUGAGGGUGUAGUCAGCUUUUGUAGGCAAGUCAUUCCACUUGGCCUCUGUCUGUAGAGGGUGCAGGGAUAAAAACUCUUGCGUGGCCUGGGUCACCCUUCCACUGGUCCUUCUUAUCCUCACUCUCUCUCUCUCGCUCUCUCUCUGUGUCUGACUCUUUUCUAUCUCAUUACCUGUUGAUUUUCAUUUGAAUAAUAAUGUAUCGCUGUGAGUCCUCUGAGGCUACAUUUAGACUAAAGGCAAGGAAGCGCCCACAGAGUGUUUUUUCCCUCAUAUGACCCUUUUAUGAUAGUGUAAACAGAAAAAAAUCAGACGGUCUUGGUUCAGAUUUGGGCACACUUGGUCCUAAAUUUGGUCUGACAUCAGUCUGAACAAUUUCUCUUUUGGCUCUCCUCACAUUUUUUCACUGACAUUGGCUCUCAUUCAUAAAACAGUAGAUUUAUAUGUAGAUUUACAUGUAAACAUCAGUGGCACUAAAAAAAACCCACUACUCCAGAUUCAUUAAUUCUACAGAAAUCCAGUGUAGUGAUUGUCUGCUUCUGAUAGCCACUAAUCAACAUAAAUCUUCGCCCCUGAAUAGCCAAUAAACAGCAUAUAAGGAGGUGUGGACAGUUGGUUCCUGUGGAACGAUAAGAGAAGAAAGAGAGAGGAGGAAGAAUAAAAAAUAUCGUCAGAUUUCGAAAAAAAAAAAAAAGACAUGUUAUUUUCCCCUAUUGAAAUAAGAGUAAUUUCUGAUUAUAACACUAUUUCUAUGAAUUCUCCACUCGUGGUCUGGAGCAGGUGUAGAUUUUGUAAGUUGCCAUGAACAAAUCUGAAUUGUUAAAACAGAUAAACAGAUUAAUGCCAGUUUGCCUGUAAAACUUCUACUUCCUUUUCACGAAUGAGAGCCAAUGACAGAUGUAAAAAUGUCCUUUUAAUUAAAUCUGUCUCCGUGAAGUUACAUUAACCCUGAAACCCUAAACCUGGCUCUGACUCAGCAGCUGAACAUAUUUUUGUUAAAACUAUAACCCUUUACUAUCUCAGACAACUCUCUGACACAGACAUCCAUGGCCUUCAUGGUAACAUAUGAAGAGCUGCAUAUGAAUCAUUUUUGUUGUUCUUUUGCACAGAUAGGUUGAGUUUAGGACUAUGACCAGUCCACAUAUGUAACCCAUUUCUGCCUUGUUAAGAUUUAUGACCCAAACCAAACAGGACUCCAGCAUCAGUCUGAAUCGAGCACUAACCUUUGGCCUGUUUUAAUUAGCUGAUAUGUUUUCGAUUCUUGGAGGUGUUUAAUCUCAUGAGCUUCUCUGAUUUCUGCUUGGUGCUAUUGAUAGUAUAUUUCAAUUGAUUGUCCAUUUUGAGGAAUUUUCUUGCCUAAGAAUAUUUCCAAUAUCUAUGUGUUGCAUGCUGUGAUCUCUCUGCUUAAAUUCAUCUAGUCACUUUGUGCUUCACACUUUUACUUAGCUCAGGUCACAGUGAAUGAAGAAGCUCACUAACUGACUAUCACAAAGCAACAAUUUGCAUGGUUUUAUCACUGUUGCACAACUACAGGCCCCGCUGGAAUCACAAUAUGGGGCAACAAGGCCAAUAAAAUAACACCUAACUUCUUUGUUUCUCCCCCUCUCUCCUUCCUUUUUUUCUUUUUUCUUUUAUUUUCACUUUUUUGUUUUUUUAUCUUCUUUCCCUUUCCUAUUAACACCACUCCACCAUGCAUUCCCUUUCUUUUCACAUGCAUCUCCACCCCCAACACACAUGUACCACCACUCCACUCUGGGUACAUGCACACGUCUCUGUUGUGGGUAUUUUUUCUUUUGUUUUGUUUUUUGUUUUGCUUUUUUUUUGUGUGUGUGUGUGUGUGCGUGUGUGUGUGUGGUAUGGGUGCACCUGAAGCCCUGCUGAUAUCUGCACCCCCAACAGUGCCCAGCUUCUGCUGCACAGUUGGGGUGGACUGGAAGUCUUUGACCACACCAGCCUGCUUGCCCCUCACCACUGACUACUUCCCAGACCGCCAAGCGCUGCAGAAUGACUACACUGAAGGAUGCUAUGACCUGCUGCCCCACAGUGACCUGGAGAGGUAGACAGCUUAGUCAUCAUGUCCACAAGAUAAUAACUUCGACUAGAGGAUUGAGAAAUUAAUACAGUUGUCGAUACAUUGACCUGGGUUAUCUUUGGUGUGUUCGGACAGCACAAGGUAAGGUAAGGUACACUUCACUGAUCCUGCAUAGCGGAAAGUAUUGCACCAGAAAAACAUCAACUCAACACCAGAUACACAAGUCACAGUCAAGGCCAAUGAAACCUGAUUUCUGGUGGGGUGCUGAUCAAAGAGGCCUUAGAUAACUCGUGUAUGCUUCUGAAAAACAAAAACUUCCACAGGACUUCAAUGUAAAAGAACAACAAAUGUCAUUUUAAUCCACAGCUUGUUUAUUCAUUUGUACAGGAAGAGAAACCAAAUUUAGAAACCAAAGCAAGGUUUCUAAAACAAAAUCAAAAGGCAUGCUAUGGUAAGAAAACCAUGUGGCUCAGUCCUUGAUCAGUCUGCAACUGCCUGUAGCCACCUGUAAGCCGUCCAACUGCCAAGAGGUGCUCACUCUCUCUUAAAGUGGUGGUAACCUAAAUCAACAUAAAUUAUCUCAAUAACACAUUUAUGAAUUAUGUACAAAAAAUGAAAUUUCAGAUAAUGGAAAAUUCUCAAAUAUAAUUCUUUUAAAAACCAAAUACAGAUUGUUCCCACCUAUUUACACUCGAGUCCAUAAACUAAAUUUGGCUCCCACAUGAUUUAAAAGUGGUCCAAUAAAAGAGAACAUGGUUAAAUACAACAAAAGCCUGAUAAAAAUGAAUACAUACUAAAAUAAAUACCUCUACAAACUACGCAGCAGUGACAGGUCAGACCCCAGCUAAUAUUAUUGAAAUAUCUCACUGCUGCUGGAACAUAAGACUUUCUCAGUCAUUCAGUGAAGCACCAAGCAUCACAAGUUACCCACUAAAUGAGCUUUUAACAGAUGAUCGUUGUAGCCCAGGAUCAAUUUUAAUUUAGACCUGGUCCUCUUCAGCAUUAAGACAAACAUGGUGGUUGUUUCUGUCACAAAGAGGCAAAUCGUGUCUUUAUAACAGGCACAUGCAACUGUCACUGUGAAUAUUUCCUGUAGGAAAAGAAGUAAAAACAAAAAAGACUGUUUCUUCGACAUGCUAUCUGUAGUCUGGUCUGACACCAUCCCUUUUCCGGUAGUGACAAGAAUUACACAUUUUACUGUAGAAAGUGUUGAACUUGUUGAUGAUGAUUACUUUUGCUUUUUUUUUAAGUCAUAUGAAGACAUCACUCUUCAUUUCAGUCUGUUUCAUAACCAGCUAAAGACUUCUCACUAGAGCUUUAAAGUUUUUUAGAGGUGCCUGAGUUUUUAAGCUUGGUUUGUUACAGUUGUACCCAGAAUUCUUACUAAGUCUUUUGUUUGGUAAUUGCAUGGUGUGACAUUGAUAAAAAAUGAAGAUGAAUUUAAACAGGAGGGAACGCGUGGACUUGACUGUGUCUCUAAUUCAUUUGUAAUUUUUUUCUUUUGUCUCUUCUGCAGGCGGGAAGAUGAAUCCCCGGUGAUGAGCGCCUCUCAGGUGUUUGAGGAGUUUAUAUGUCAGAGGUUGAUGCAGGGUUACCAGAUCAUUGUCCAGCCUAAUAAUAGGAAACAACAACCUUCUGUGGCCACUCCACUGGGCAGCAGCCCUCAUUACUCCAGAGGUAAACAGCUGUUUUGAUUUUCCUUGACUUGACUUUGAGGGAAUUGAUCCUACGACCAGUAGGGAUGGGAAUCGAGAACCGGUUCUUGUUUAGAACUGGUUCCAACUGGUUGAAUCCGUCGACAUCAUUUACAUUUUAUCUUAAUGAUUCCCUUAAUGAUUCCUUUCUUCCGGGUGCGUUUAAAAAAAGUCUCACAAGUGCCACUCUACCUGAAUGGGAACAGAGACAGAGAAAACAACAUGGCGGACUUACGAAAAGUAGGCAGAAACAAGCUAAAGUGUGGCUUAAUUUUACUAAGAAAGACAACAACAGUGCAACAAUUGUUGAGCAGUGAUAACAUGCAAAGGUGGAAACACCAGCAACAUACUUAAACAUUUAUCAACGGAGCACAGCGUCAAAUAUAAGGAGUCACAUGUCUUCUUUUUGGGGAUUCAGAAUAUGGUCACCCUAACGUAUGUCCUGUGUUCACAUAAGCACAAUGCAUGCCAGAAACACUGUACAAAUAGCAUUUUUGUUUGAUUACUUUUAGACUUAAGGUGGCAUACAUCUUUUUCCGUUAUCAGAGACUUAAUAAAAUUUUGAGUGUACGAUGAAAACCUGUAGUCUACUUUCUUUUUUUAAAAUUUUAUUUAAGAAAGGCAUUGAUGAGGGAAUCGUUAAAGAAUUGAAUUGAUAAGCAGAUCAAAUCUUAUAAAUUCCCAUCCCUAACGACCAGAACAGUAGCAUCUGUGCAUCAACACCUAACAACUACAAAUGUUUGUGAACAACCCUUUUUUAUGAUAAGAAUGACAAGCUAAAAAUGCAUCAGAUAAAAAACUCUGUGGUUUGUAUUUUAUCAAAGAGACAGUGAGGGGUAAAAAUGUAUAGAUGUGACUUAAACUUAGAGGCAUUUUUGUCUAAAGACUACAACUGAGACUAAAUCUAAAAUAGCUGCCAAAAUCAACAUUGACACCAACUGAGCUAAACCCCAUAUAAUCUGUUAUGUGAGUAAAAUUUCCAGUCCUUGACAUUUUUAGGUUGUUUAAAUCAAACUGAAAGACACAGCUGUCCCAGUUUAUGAAGAGUUAUGCCUGACUUUCACUCUAAUAUUUGCUGAGCUAUAAGGUAAGUUAACUCUGGAUCACUGCCACACACCUUAGAAAUAUGGCAACAGAGCAAAUCCUUCACGUUCCUGAAAGGAGACAAUCUUGCUGAAGUUAAAGUAUGCUACUCUAAGUUAGACUUGAAAUAUGAUACAACCUAUGACCAUAGACUGUAUAUAGAAUGGACGCUGUCUGGCUCCCUGCCAAGUAAAGCCACCGCGAGAACAGCACCCUCUGGUGAUGGGCUGCAGUAUAGGUCAAUUCCGCCUCCUUCAGCAAUCCCUGUGGAGCUGAGGACAAACUUUCGAAAUUAAUUACACAAAAUAUAAUCUUUACUGAAUUAAGUAUAUUUGAUGUUUUUGAUGAUUUAUUGUGGGACAGCAGCAGUAUGUCAGUGUUUGCUUUGACCUACACUACAGGCCAAAAGUUUGGAAGCACGGCCAUUACAUGCCUAACAGUUGGGAGUUAUUUAAAGUUUUUGUUCACAGUGCUUUUUUUAAAAUCCAGCAUUCUGGGAUGUAUGUACUCCACGGUCAGAUGUUGCUUUCAUGGAAAUGCACCAUUUUACUCCAUUUACCUUUUAGAUAUACAUUGAUGUUAACAGACCAUUGCUAAAUAUAUGUCAGCAAAAGAUAAUAAGGGCUUAGUUUUAGGGUUGAAAACAUUUGCAAGAGUCACAACUUCAGUGCUAAAGCAAAAAAACAAAUCACAGUUGGAUUAUUCACUUCAACUUUUUGGCUUUUGAGAGUGCAUACAAAAAUCCUAAUAAAUCUUAACUGCGUUCAAACUACCGCAAAAAUGGCUAGAAAGAAGCAACUGAGUGAAGAAACAUAGGUAUAGAUUUGUACAUUGAGGAAAGAAGGAUACACAGAAAGAGAAAUUGCAAACGCCUAAAGGUGUUUAACAAAGGAGUCCAUGACACUCUGAAGAGACUGGAGGAACCUGGAAGUUAUGAUGAUAGAAAAAGACCUGGACGAAAGAGAGUUACUACAAAAGCAGAGGAUAAACAUAUUAUUGUCAUCAGUAAGAGAGAUCGGCGAAAGACAGCACCACAAAUAAGGGAGGAAAUCAACAUGAUAAGGUGGAAACCAUAGACUGUAUAUAGAAUGGACAGUCUGCCUCCUCGCUGGGUGAAGCCACUCCGAGAACAGCACCCUCUGUUGGUGGGCUGCAGUAUAGGUCAUAAAUCCCGCCUCUGCCAGCAAAGCUUAUGGAGCUGUGGACAAACUUUAGAAAUUUAUUACACAGAACAUAAUUUUUUCUCCCCUCUGCUUGUGAUGUUGACAUGUAGUUAUUGUAAGACUGGUUUGUGCUCAAGUCCUCUUUUUUCUGUGAAGCUCCAUUUUUAAAAGUUAUUAGGGGGUUCAUGUUUGUUAUGAUUGACACCUGAUACAGCCUAUGGGCAUUCAGCGAUUGCGUAGCUCUCCCGGGGGAUACGCUGUUUGAGCUGAGCGUCACCACAGCGAAUCUCUGCGACUGUGUGGUCGAAUGCGCGCAUUGCUACUGCGCAGCGCUGGUUUCAGGAAAUGAAGACAAAUCCCGGAAAUACCGAGAGCUAUUUGGCGUCAUAUCUGUAUACAGGCGGUAGGCAAGUUGUCCAUAGUAUAUACAGUCUAUGGUUGAAACCCAUAUCUCUGACAACCGUGAAAUGACGUUUGAGAAAGGCUGGUCUGAAAGGUUGUGUUUCUGAAAAAAAAAAAACACUACUUCGUCCACAGAGCAAGAAAAAGAGAUAUGAGUGGGCAAAAGCUCACAAAAAUUGGACUUAAACAAGUUUGCACUGUUUGGUUUAAAACGCAGAGUCUGUGUCUGCAGACAAACUGCCAUGUGUUACACCCACAAUUCAGCAUGGAGGUGGUAGGUCCAUGGUAUGGGGAUGUUUUGCAGGUGAUGGAGUAGGAGAUUUGUUUGAAGUAAAGGGUAUAGGGUAAUGGGAACAGUACCACUCCAUCCUCCAGCACCAUGCUGUUCCAUCUGGACUCAGACUUGUUGGUCUUGCAGCAAGACAAUGACCCUAAGCACUCUGCCAAGCUCUGUCAGGGUUACCUAGACAAAAAAGAAGUGGAAGGUGUUCUUCAAAAGAUGGUUUGGCCCCCUCAGUCUAGUGUAUGUUGAUAUAAGUCUAAUAUAAGAAGUUUUGUUGGAAACCAGGACCAUCAUCAGUCCUUGUGUUUUCCCCAGGUCUUGUGUCUUUACAUCGGGCAGAGGAGGAGAGUAUUUACUGGCUCAGUAUGGGUCGGACCUUCCAUAAAGUCUGCCUCAAAGACAAGAUUAUCACUGUUACUCGCUAUCUGCCCAAGUAAGUACAUCUGCCACCCUCCGAUAACACUUCUGCUAUGAUUAACCACCAAAGGAAACAAUAGCAGCUGGAGACAUUCAAGGUGUAAGCCAGUGUCUGAGAAUUCAGUCUUGUAAAAAAAUAGGUAAGUCUCAUUUCUGAUGCAAAUACAGUUGUUGUGUGUUUUCUUUACCAGAAUGAAACUUGGAAUGAUAUGAGAUCAAAAAUGCAAGUUUUGAGUUAUAAAUCUGUCAAGAGAUAAAAAAUUGCCAGUCAUGUCUCAGGAUGAUGACAUCAAAGCACAUGGAGAUGUAGUUUAUGGAUGUGAGUGGGCUGUCUUUGAAAAGACGGAUGAAGUCCCUUAUGGACUUUAUGUUUAUCUUAUUUACACAGUAUUUUACUUUUAUGUAGCACAUCUUGUAAACCUUUUAUAUAUUUGUUGCACUAACUUUCUCCUGCUCUAUGAUGUCAUCUCUGCUGACCUCACUGGACAAGCAGUUGUUUUUAUUUUUCCAUUAUCAUAGAUUUGACUUCAUAUUAGCAAUUAAUUUGAAAAAAUAAAUACUUGGUAAAUGAGACGAUACGAUAUAUCACCAGACAAAAUAUCGGGAUACUAUGAUGUAUCGAUUUCUUUCUCCCACCCCUAUUAUGAAAGCAGGGAUGGAGCAUGACAGAGAGACUGACAGAGUUAUACUGCGCUGGAUUUUUGUCAACUCUGCAUGUCAUUUUUCGAUGCUCUAAACUGUUCUGGAUAAACGGUGUCCUCACACACUGGACAGUUGAAAAAAGUCAAGACUUUCACAUCACUAAGCAGAGAAAUCUUACAUGCCAUAUGUGUGAAAGGAGAGCUGGUGCUGGUGAUAGUUGAUACUGAACGAAAAUGACUGUCCUCAUUGUGGCCUGGGACUCAUUAGCAUGCACACAGAAAGACUAUCUCAGGCUGUCUAUUUUUGAUCUAAACUCUGAUCUAAACACUAGACACUAAUAAAUAGUCCAGAUAAAAACUCAAGUCUGAGUCCUGAGAUUUUUGUAAAUGUCCAAGUCGUUUUUUAUGUUCUCUCAUCCUCUGCUGUUUUUAUUUGAAAAUGAAUGAAGACAGAUACAUAAAGAAAAUGUCUUAUUCAUAAUGAGAUGAAGAAGUUAAAGAGUGACUGUGUUUUAUUUGUGUACUCUAGAUAUCCCUAUGAGUCAGCUCAGAUACAGUACAGCUACAGUCUAUGCCCACCACAUUCUGAUGCCCAGUUUGUCUCCUGUUGGGUGGAGUUUGGUCACGAAAGACUGGAGGAGUACAAGUGGAAUUACCUGGACCAGUACAUCUGCUCUGCUGGCUCCGAGGACUUCAGGUACACACCGUCAUUUGAUGUGAAUUAAAGUGAUAAGACGGCUGACCAACUGAUGUAUUGAUCGAUGUACUCAUUUGUCUACCUACCAUGCGGGCUUUUAUUCUAAAGUGAUUUCUGAGCUUAAACUGUAAAUAUGCAGUACUGAUCACUUCUUUGUCAACUCAGUCUGAUCAUUUAAAGCUCCUGUGAAGAGUUUUUUGACAUUUAUUAAAUGGAUUGAAGCUCAUAUUGGUUUACAAGAGUAAGACAAGGCAUCAGGGACAAGAUUGUAGAUUUUCAUUGAGUAAAACUUAAUGCAUUAAGGUAGUGCAAGGUGGUACGUGUCAGCUGAAGAAACAGCCUGAUAGGUCCAUAUUCCACAGAAAUAAAUCUAAAUACAUGAAUUAUAGUUAGCAGAGUGAGAUUUUUUCUAAAUCGCUGCAAAGAUUAAGUGAAGCAAAAGAGGACACUAAAACUGACACGCAAAGCUAAAGUUCCUCACAGGAGCUUAAAUCUUGACGCUGAUAUUUCUUCAUGCUGUUUCACUUUACUGUUGUGAUUUGAUUUCAUCCUCACACCAAGUGUUCCUCUUAUACUUCCUCAACAGUUUGAUUGACUCUCUGAAGUUCUGGAGGACUCGCUUCCUCCUGCUGCCAGCCGGAGGGGCUCGGCGGGUGGCGGAUGGUGAGGGACACUGGGAUGUUUAUGGAGAUGGAGCUGGCACUGGAAUGAGUGGCACCGGGGAUUGGGUCCUGCUGGAUGGUUUCAUCCGUUUCCUGGAGGGCCUUAACCGUAUUCGACGCCGCCAUCGCUCAGACAGGAUUAUAAGGGUUUGCUUCUCUUACAUUUUUAAGUCACUUUAGGACAAUUUACAAAAGGAAAAGGUCUAAACCAGUGGUUUCUCUCCCGGGGGGGGGGGGCACGAGCACUCACCGGCUAUUAGUACAAAGGAGAUGUAGCAGAGUCCCAAACAUUUGGAAAUAGACCAAUUUACAGCCGAGCUCAUCCAGAAGCUGCAGCACGGCAUGGCAAGUGUCAAUGAAAGUUUCCUACUAUUUUUCUCCAGCCACUCAAACGACCAAGUAAGCAGGAUAAACGUCCUGCUUCGACUGACCAGGGACGAUCAGUCACUGCAGGGAGAGAGGCUCACACACCGAGGAUCCCUUACAAUGUUACACACACGCACGCACAAACAGAGCGGCGAUCUGAAGUAAACAUCAGUAUUAACCGUAUAAACUUUAUCACCAGAAUCUCCCUCAUCUAUACACCUGUCUCCUCUCAUCCACACAGACACACCUGUGUUCACAAAGCUACAUUUUUCACAGGAGCUCAUCACACCACACCACUGUUUAACGGAGAUCCGAUAUAAAAUAACGGAGGAAACGUGACCUCAAAAAAUAUAAAACGUCCUGAUCUCUGUCCACCACACAUCUGAGCAGAGACAUAACUGAUCAAACCUUAAGGUAAAAUUUCUUACCUUCACGCUGGAGUCUAAAACAGUCAGCAUUAUCAGUCAUCCAGCUCCAGCAGUUUAAUAAUCUAUCGAUAUUAUUCACAUCCCGUUUCUCGAGGUUAGCACGUUUCAUCCAUUUGCAUUGUGUGAAAAAAGUUUUAGCUCGCUUUAGCUUCCUAGGUGUUAUUAAUUUCUGUGGGAUCUGUAGAUAGGUCUCCUUGUUUGUUCCUAAUUAUAUUGAUUGCUCUGUCAGAUUCAAGUUUCUUAAUCUGCCAAGCUAGCAGUUUACCCGGCUUCUCACCCUGAUCAUAAAAGAAUUGUUUCAGUCUUAUUAUACCAUCUUCAGCCUUAAGCAAGGCAAGCCUUUCAUAUUUUGCUUUAAGGGUCAGUAGUUCCUGUUUUUUUUGUGUCGAAUCAUCUAUGCUAACCUCUCUCUCUAAUUCUCUAAUUUUAGAGUCCAAUUCAAUCAUAGUCUGUUUGAAUUUGUUGAAUUUAGAACUGGUGUAACUUAUUAUUUGCCCUCUAAUAUAUGCUUUAAAAGCUUCCCAUCUUAUUGCUGCAGUUGUUUGAUUUGUGUUUAUAGAGAAGUAGAGAUCAAUAUGUUCUCCUACAAGUUUUAUAAAUCCAGAAUUCUGCAGCCAUUUGGGAUGUAAUCGCCAAUUGGUCGAAUGUCUAUACCCUUGAUCGAUGUUGUAAAAGAGAGAGGUGGGGGCAUGAUCAGAUAAAACAAUACUAUCAUAUACACAAUUAGUUAUACUGGGUAGCAGAGAUGAGGAAAUUAAAAAAUAAUCUAUUCGGGAGUGGGUUUUAAAUACUGCAGAAUAGCACAAGUAUUCCCUUUUGAUGGGGUUUUGAGCUCUCCAAGGAUCACAUAGGUUCAGAUCUUUCAUAUAUUGUUGAAUUUUCUUUCUCGUUUGGGAAUGGGAUGUAUCUAUCCCUGCUGAGCGAUCUAGUUUCAGGUCUAAAGCACAGUUUAAGUCACCUGCCAAUAUUAUCUUACCAGGGAGGGUGGCCAGCAAUAAAAAUAAGUUUUCAAAAAAUGAUGGGUUAUCAUCAUUGGGGCCAUAUAUAUUAACCAAAUUAAUGGUUUCUCUCAGGAGAGUUCCCUGAACCACAAAAAUCUACCAUUUUUGUCAUAGUGUUAUUUAUUUGAAGAGGCACUGAGUUAUGAAUUAACACCAUCACCGCUCUUGAAUGAGAAGGGAAACAGGAUGCUAGUACUUUGCCUGGCCAUCUCCUACGUAUUUUAACCAAGUCUUCUCUGAGUAAAUGAGUCUCCUGAAUAAACACUAUUGAUGACUUAAGUUCUUUCACCCUGGUAAUCACCUGUUUUAAUUUAGUCAAAUUUACCAUCCCUCUAACAUUCCAUGAAGUAAAUUAAAAAUUCUUGUUUGAGGUCAUCUAAUUUCAAUACUGUUUGAUAUUUUGGGAGUGUACAAGAAAAAAAAAAAAAAAAAAACACUCGCUCUGCAAUGAACAAAAACCCUUAGCUGUCAACCUGAACAAGACAGCCCCACAUCUUUUCCCAUCCUCCCCCUGACCUCGGGGUGCAGUGAAGUGCAAACACUGAUCCAGUGUAAACAAGGGAGCAGUUAAACCAAACCAUGCAGUCAUUAUAACAGACCUACCAAAACUUGCAGGACAAUCGUGUCUCCUGGCAAAAAAAAAAAAAAAAUGAAUCUACACAAACAUGUAUAUAUGAAUUGUUCAUAACAGUUUUUCUUGCAGCUUCACCCACAUUUAGGAAAGCUGACAGUUUACUGAAUAACCAUUUUAAAUGUGAAAACAAAAGGAAUAAAAGCCCACUUCGGUAACAAAGGGCGCGUGGAAUUCUCUGUACAUAAAACGUACAUGAAAAGCCCAUCUACAUCUGCGGAGAUUGACGAAAUAUUACAAUUAUGUAAACAAAACAGAAAAGUCUCUGCAGAAGAAAAAGAGAGAAAAAUCUUUCACAUGUGGGUAACUGGCCCAUAAUCUAUCAAUAUCAAACUAUAGCUGUUAUAGGUGGAUAGUAAUGAGUCCAACCGUUCAUUUAGUUAACCUGUCAGUCUUCAGUGUUCUGUAACGCUUGAACGAACUUUUCAGCGUCAGCUGGGGAUUCAAACUCACGUGUUUGUCCAUCAGACGACACUCGUAGCUUGGCUGGGUAGAUUAUUCCGUAACGAAUGUUCAUCGAUCUCAGCUGUUGUUUUACCCAGUCGAAACCCCUCCUGCGCCCGAUAGCUCUGUCGAGAUAUCGGGGAGGAACAUGACCUCUUGGCCGGCAUAGAUAACUUUGCCUUUGGCCCUGGAAGCUCGCAUCACUCAGACUUUAUCCUGGAAGUUUAAAAACUUCACGAUGAUGACUCUCGGUGUGGUUGAACGGUUCGGUUGCAUCCGGCUGGGUAACCUGUGAGCUCUUUCAAUGAGAGGUGGACUCUCAAACUGGUCCCAGCACUUCGGGGAGCCACUUCUCCAGGAAAGCAACCGUGUCAUUUCCUUCCGCCUUCUCUGGCAUGUUAACUAUCCGUAGGUUGGAGCAACGAGAGCGGUUUUCGAGGUCGUCAAGUUUGUUCGUUAGGAGAGUCACUUGUUUGGCUAGCGCGUCUGCCUUGCCUUUCUCUGAGUUAACUGUGUCUUCUACAGUGCUAAUGCGCACUUCUGCUUCAUCCAUGCGCGCCGAGAAGUCCUGCACGUCUCUUUUAAUAUCUUGAAUGGCUUUCAGAACCACAUCGAACUCAGUGGAAAAGUCAUUUCUGAUCUGGUCGAGUAUCUGAAUGACGUCCAUGUUUUGAGCUGAUCUGGAGUCCACGUCGUCCUCACGAGGCAGUGGCAAGAAGCUAGCAUCACACUCUGAGUUAGCUAGGCUAUUAGCAUCUGAGUUGUCGUCUUCUUCACACUGAGAAAUGUUUGAUUUAGAUGUGAUUUUCUUUGGCAUUGUCGCGGGUAUGCAGAGUUAAGUCGCGAGUGAAAGUUGCACUGUUUGUACAGUAAAAGGAGAGUUUACAGGAUUUUACUGAAAAGUCGCCAGGUUGGGGCCCUAAGACACAUUUUACUUCAAGUCAUGAUACAAAUGUCCUCUUUGGUAUGGAAGUACCUUAGGGUCAUAGAAAACAUUUUAUCCAAAGAGACAAUCACCCUUCAAUUUUUUUUAAUGGCCAUUUUAAAAAUGGCUGCCAACAAUAAGCCGCUUAUACACCAGACCCCAUAUCUUUGCUUCUGUUAGAGCUAUAAUCAUAAGAUUGGUGUCAAAGUGCACAUUUUUGGGGUCUAGGAAUUCAAUUAAAUAGGUUUCAAUGUAAAAAAACCCAAUGCUUCAUUAAUUACCAUGACAGUGGGGGGUAAAAUAUGCUAAUUUCAUGAAAAAAUGUAUGUUUUAACAGGGUAACUUUCCCCCACACCCCUUCCCCUAAACUGAGAUUUACUUUUCCCUUGGUAUGGAAGUACCUUAGGACCAUAGGAAACAUUUUAUCCAAAAAGACAAGUCAACCAUGUCUGUAGUCAUUUGAAAGGGGAGAAGCUACUGAAUCGAUUGGCAUCAAUCUUUCCAAAGACUACAUUUCCCAGCUUUGCAAAAAGCCAGGCGUAAAGUGUUCGUAAUCUGUGCGCUUUUAGGUGCAGCACCCCACAGACGAAGGCAGGAUGCUGCAUCGCACACUGAUCACUCGGGACUCUCCUGUAAACUUUCUCCACGACUUAUAAAACUUCUCUUGAGUAUCUUCUGUAUUAAAUAGGAAAGUAAUACAAACCUCAAACUGAACCUCAAAGGGUCUCAGAUUUUCUGUCACCUCUGAUUUCAUCCAGCUGUCACAGACCCUGGUAUAGAAUUCGUGUUUUGAGAGGUGUAACACUCAGCAGUCAUACAGACAGUCAAAAUGCAGUCAGACAGAGACACAUAGGGCUCUAUUUUCGUGUACGCCGGUGAGGCGACGGAGGGUGGCGGACCCCGCGCAGUUGUAUUUUCAUCUGGCGGAGCCUGGCGUACAGCCAGUUUGGUAUUUUCGUGGACUGAAGCGCAUGGAGGCGAACUGAGAUCCGCCAAGCUGGGUGUGGUGGCGUGGCAGGGGGAGGUGUCGACAGAAUCACCGGGCAUUUUCGUGCUCAUCAGUGGCAUGUAAAGUGCGCUGAAAGCUCGCCGAUUCAAACCUUGUCAGCUUUCAGCGCAAGCGAAACACAGCUGGUCUAGAGGUAUUUUGGUAGAUCGGCGGCGUAUCGGCAUACGUCACCGAUGCCUCACUGGUAGGUUUCCACAGUGUCAGGCACAUUUCAGUGCAAUAAAUAAUCAUCAACAACUAAUAAUCUGAGUCAGCACAUACAUUUAGAUCUAUAUCGUUAUAUUCUGAUCUAUAUCUGCUCUGAUGAGUGCGUUUGGCACGCGUUUCGACACACAACCUGACAGAAUCAACACAGCUGAAACCGCAUUAAAUUAAACAUCUAGUAAAUAAACACACAUGAUGAAGUUAACAAGAUAUGUGAUUCGUCUCCCUCCUUUUCUUUCUUCCUCUUAUUUCUCGCGCAGCUCGACCUGGACAUGUCUCCGUGUCUUCUCUCCGUCCUGCAGCGGCUGAACAGAUGAUUUGUUUCAGUGAUCAGAUGAGUUAUUUACUUUAAGCCUACAUGCAGAUAUUAUAAUAUUCAGUUUUGUGAGCCAAAUUUAUUUUAUAUGCCAACAUCUAUGAAAGAAAGAGCCAGGCCACGGAGCGCAAUGCGUCAUUUACGCACAGAUGGUUCCGAUUUUAAUGCCAUUUUUGGAGUUAAUGUUGUGAUCUGUGCGCUCAACCCACCUUUGUCACGUGAGGUUUGAAUAUAUGCAACUUUAUGUGAGUGUCGUUAUUUGUGGAAAAAUGUGUUUGUCUUACCAGUGGGUCCAACAUUACACACACCAAAUCCAUCUGCGUUCAUAUGAGAGAGUGUCGAGGACGCCCAAUGCAGCACUUACAGUGACACUUGUUGAGGAGCUGCCUUCUGUCACCAUCGUGUGGCAUAACUGUCUUCAGACAUCUUUUGAUCUCUUUGACUACUUCCGGAAAAUUGUACUACGCCUCGCCGGUGGCGGAUUUAAAUUCAAGGAGAGGAGCUUAUGUGAUUGAUGAAAACAGGUCUCGGCUGUGUUAAACCCACUCCACGCCCUCUCUCCUCCCUUCCUACGACUUACGCCGCUGGGAGGAGCUGAGUUAGGGAGGGGGGAUACUUACGCCGGGCUGCGCCGCUCACCAAAAUACCAAAUUGUGCUUGGGAACGCCUUGUCGGCGCACCGGACCUGACUUACGCCACGCCUGCGGCAUGUCUCCAGCGAGGCACAAAAAUAGAGCCCAUAGAGAACAUAAGAGGCUGUACCAUUUUUUUGAAGUCACCUUUUUGACACUUAUUUUGUUCAUUAAAUGUGCAUAAUUUACCCCCAUUGUGAGGGUAAUGAGAAGACUAUAUAUUUUUUAGUCUGGAGACCUUUUCAUAUGGAUUUCUUGAUCCCAAAAAUGUGCACUUUGACACUAAUAUUAAUAUUAUAGCUCUCACAGAAGCGAAAAUAUGGGGUCUGGUGUAUUAGCGGUUUAUUGUCGGUGGUCAUUUUUUAAAAUGUCUAUAAAAUAAAUGAAGGGGGAUCUAACUUGUCUCUUUGGAUAAACUGUUUCCUAUGGCCCUAAGGUACUUCCAUGCCAAAGGAAAAGUAAACUUCAGUUUAGGGGGAGGGGUGUGGGGGUAAGUUACCCUGUCAAAACGUACAUUUUUUUCAUGAAAUUAGCAUAUUUUACCUCCCACUGUCAUGGUAAUUAAUGAUGCAUUGGGUCUUAUGCAUUGAAACCUAUUUCAUUGAAUGCCUAGACCCCAAAAAUAUGCACUUUGACACCAAUAUUAUGAUUAUAGCUCCAACAGAAGCAAAGAUAUGGGGUCUGGUGUUUUAGCGGUUUAUUGUCGGUGGCCAUUUUUAAAAUGGCUAUUAAAAAAAAUUGAAGGGUGAUCUAACUUGUCUCUUUGGAUAAACUGUUUCCUAUGACCCUAAGGUACUUCCAUACUGAAGGGGAUAUUUGUAUUAGUGCUGGGCGAUAGGACGAUAGAUAUCGUGGGCACGAUAGAAAAUGUCUAUCGUGCCAUUUUUAUUUUUAUCGUUUCGAGCGAUAGGCUGUAUUUUAUCCAUAGGGCUUGUGCCAUCAGAUGAUUCAUAGUAACAACAACAAUAAUUGCACAUUCAGUAAGUGUAUUUGGUGUCAAACGGAAAAGAAAACAAUAUUUUCUUACAAAGAAAAGAAUGCGUUGUCAUGUAGGCUCACAUUUCUCUUCCGAUUUUGCGACAUGACGCCGCUUUACGUGUCCUCUUCGUGUCCAGCGUCUCCCGCCGUUGCAGGUUACCUGGGUUACACACGUGAGGGGAUCAUUGUAAGCAGUGCUUAGUUUGUGCUGGAGCAAGUCGAAGCGUGCUCCGGAACCUCUUUUGAUCGGAUCCGGGACCUAUUUCAGCUGCUCCGGCACCCGUUUCAUCUACUCCGGGACCUUCCCUGUAGAGGAAGACAUUUUUCGGGAAUUCCCGUGGGUCACGUGAUUCCCGCGGGAAUCCCAAGGGAUGGGAGUCAUUUUUUAAUUAAUCCCUUGUUCGGGACGGACGGGAAAAAAAGCAACGGGAGUGGGCAGGAGCGGGAACAACAUAAAUAGAUUAUCAUUUUCAGCCGUGUUAAACAACCAGAUGAACAGGUGCGUCCAUUUUUGUAGUCAUCUCAGUGAGAGCCAACACUCUUGACCGCGCUAGCAACACAAAAGAACUACAAUAGUGGUUUGACUUCCUGUCAGCUGGGAGCGCGGCUGCGCAUUUCUACCCUUCAAGCCAGGAGCAAGGAAACGUAAUUUUGUGACAUUCUGUAGUUUUUCAAUCAUUUCUGGAAUCGUGGCGAAUCAAAUCACCUUACCUGUCUGCAGGUCUCGGAUUCAUGCUCGGGUCUUGCUACGUGCUUCAAGAGUAAAGUAAACAAUGAUGGAGGCAGAGAGCAGCUUUGGAGGAGAAACAUCCAGCAGUGUGAACAACCUCUUCAAAAGAGCCCUAAUGACCUACCUUUUUAAUGAAGCCUUUGGUUAGCUUUCCUCUAUGCUUUUACUACCUUGCCUCUUUAAUUGCAACUCUAUAUUCUUUAUUUUUUUUUAAUUCUUUUAUGCUUUUUUUAUGCCAAUCUGUAACUGUCAUUCUAUUGCUUUUUUAUUGUUGCUGCUCUUUUUUUACUGUGCACUGUAGCACUUUGUAAUUGUAAAUGUAAAGUGCAUUACAAAUUAAAUUUAUUAUUAUUAUUAUUAUUAUUAUUAUUAUUAUUAUUAUUAUUAUUGUUAUGGAGUGCUUUGGCUCACACUAUCAGCGUUUUCUGUGAGUUCAGCCACGUAUUUAUUUAUUCAUUUUUCUAGUUUUAAGUGCUGGUCUUGUACUGGCACUGUACUAGGGCAGCUGUAUACACUUUAAUUUUUCAUAGAACUGAAAGCAUACCAUAGCUAUAUCGUGGUAUAUCGUUAUCGUGAUAUAAAAUGAUCCAUAUCGUGAUAUACAUUUUUUCCAUAUCGCCCAGCACUAAUUUGUAUCAUGACUUGAAGUUAACAGCUUAUUUUUUGGGCUUAGGGACUCCACUAAAUAAGCCUUUAAAAGUUACUCCAACCAUCACUCCAGCCAUCAAGCAAACUUGCACUACAGCUUCAACACAAACUUGUGGUCUUACUGAGGCCGGCAGUGGCGAUAGUAAGUUGUCCAUUUUGCCAGUCCAAGUAAAAUCCUAAAGAGGAAAAAAGAUAAUGCAAAUGUAUGCCUUUCUCAACCCAUAUCUCCAAAUAUCUGUCCUUCCCUCUUCUGUUUCCCUUGUCGAUGUUCUGUACUCAUUUUGUAUCCUUAAUUGGGUAAGCAGAUGUCUUACAGCACUUCUUUAUUGUUUUUGACUUUUUGACUUAGACUAGCAGAGAAUUCCAGCAAAUGAUUUCUAGCUAAACAACAUGAAACCAUGUGUCGUACUAUCUGUUUUUUGUUUUUUUUUGUCUUUCCUUUUGUCUUACAUUUAAAUGGGGUAGGCGCUAUAAGCUCUUAGCUUCAGCCUAUACCUUUUUGGCCAAACAGUAUGAUUACUGAAACAAAUGUAAUUGAAAUGUCAUGGAAUGGAAUAUACCUUGUUUCAAAGCCGAAAUAAACUAUAACUAUACUAUACUAUACUAUACUAUACUCAGGCAGUUCAGCAACAUUUUGUUCUGAACACUUGAUGCAUACGUUGAAUGUGCAUGGAAGACAGACCAACUUCCCUCUGCACACUAUGGGACAGGUGAAGGUGGUCCCAAGUACCUUGCUGAAAGGUUUAGAGGUAUCUCGUCUCAAUGGUGACACCUUCUACUGCCUCCCAGAAGUUCUCGCCCAAAGAAAAAUGCCUGUGACAACAUUGUCACCCAGGAAGAUGUGGUGAAGUGGCCUUACCUGUCUGACGUCCAAAUUCCCAGCAUAGAGGUAAAUGUUGACUUAUUUAUUGGUACCAAUGCACCCAGGUUGUUGGAACCUUGGGAGGUGGUCAACAGCCGUGGAAAUGGUCCAUAAGCUGUGAGAACUGUACUGGGCUGGGUGGUCAACGGGCCCCUUCAAGCAAAUAAAGGUUCUCAAAAUGGUCUUUCAGUGGCCAAUGUAAACAGGAAAGCUGAAGAACUAUUGACUGGAGGAAGAUGGAUCGGAGGUCCAAAGUUCCUUUCUCUGCCUGUGGAUGAAUGGCCAGUUUAUACAGCAGACUGCAUUGUUGCCAGUGACGAUGAUGAAGAAACCUGUUGCUGUGAACGCAAUCAUCACAGAUGUCCCUAAUGCUACAGAGCAGCUUGUUACUUACUCCUCUGACUGGAAAAAAACUCUAGACUGCUGUGGCUUGGUGUCUCAAGGUAAAAAAGGUGCUGCUGAAGUUGGCGCAAAGGAGGAAGAAGUUGCAGGGUUUUACAUCAAGUUACAUCGAGGCGGAGAUGGAAAAGGUCAAAGGAGCCCUGUAAAGGCAACCCUUGUUAUUGGAUGACCUGUUUAAAGGCCAAAUUUUCCAUUAUACGAUACUGUCAGAGGCAAAGGUUUCAGAAGGAAAUUGCUGCAUUAUCUGCUGGAGGAUCUGUGGCAAAGGACAGUGUGAUCUAUAAGCUGGACCCACAAUUGGAUAAUGAUCUUUUGAAAGUUGGUGAACGACUGAACAGAGUGGCUAUGCCUGAAAAAACUAAACAUCCAUUUAUUCUGUCUAAAUAUUAGUUAAUUUCCACACUCAUUCUGAGGCACAUCCAUGACAACUAGGACACAGUGGGAGAAAUCACACACUGUCAAAACUUCGCAAGAGGUUCUGGAUCAUGAACACCAAUUCGGCAGUUCGGAAAAUUAUUGGAAAGUGUCACUUCUGCAGGCUUUACUGUGCAAGGAUAGGAGAACAGAAAAUGUCAGAUUUGCCUAAGGAAAGGCUGCUGCCUGAUUUACCUCCCUUCACAAAUGUGGGAGUUGACUACUUCGGACCAUUCGAGGUGAAGAGAGGCCAAAGUACACUACAGGCCAAAAGUUUGGAAGCAAUAUCAGAUUUGUACAAAAAAACAUCAUAGUUUCAUAUAUAUAAUUUGCAACACAAUAAACAUGACUAUUGUGUAAAGAGUAACUUAUCAGAAGACAUUUUGACUAUAAUUAUUAGGUAUUUGAGAUAUUGUUGCUUAGACUUUGCUUUCUUUAAAGUAACCUCCUCUGGCUUUAACAACAGCUUGGCAUAUACCAGGCAUUCGUUCCACAAGUUUUUUAAGGUAUGUCCAGGGAUUGCAUUUCAAGCUUUCUUAAGUUCAUUAAAAAGAGACUGCUGAUUUGUGGGACGCGUUUUUCUGACCGAUCGAUCCAAUUCAUCCUGCACAAGCUCAAUUGGACAAAGGUGUGGAGACUGAGGGGGCCAAACCAUCUUUUGAAGAACACCUUCCUCUUCUUUUUUGUCUAGGUAACCCUGACAGAGCUUGGCAGAGUGCUUAGGGUCAUUGUCUUGCUGCAAAACAAACUUAUGAGCCACAAGUCUGAGUCCAGAUGGAACAGCAUGGUGCUAGAAGAUGGAGUGGUACUGUUCCCUCUUCAUGAUACCCUUUACCUCAAACAAAUCUCCUACUCCAUCACCUGCAAAACAUCCCCAUACCAUGGAACUGCCACCUCCAUGCUGAAUUGUUGGUGUAACACAUGGUGCUUUCAGAUGUUCACCAGUUUGUGUUUAUUGCAUCUCUGAACCAAGAUCAAUUGAAGGGAGCUUUACUGCAAGAUGGAAUCCAUUGGAGUUUCAAUCCACCAGGGGCAUUGCACCACGGAGGAAUCUGGGAAGGAAUGAUACGCAUGGUGAGGAAGGUUCUUACUCCUGUUUUGCACCAACAAACCCUGGAUGACAAUGGGCUGCACACAGUUUUGUGCGAAGUAGAGGCAAUAUUCAACGAUUGCCCCAUCACUAAACUUUCUGAUGAUCUCAAUGAUCUUGAACCACUAAGGCCCAACCACAUCCUUCUAAUAAAGGGAAAGCCAAUCUUACCAGCUGGACUCUUUGUGAAGGAGGAUUUGUAUGUGAAGAGGAGGUGGAGACAAGCUCAAUAUAUUGCUGGAUUAUUUUGGAAAAGAUGCGUGCAAGUGUACCUCCCUCUUCUUCAGAAUCAGAAGGGGUUUUAUUGCCAUUGUCAAUGAACAGGAUUCACAGACUAGGAAUUUUUUACGGCGUGAUGGUGCAACACUAAAUGGAGAAUAUAUUAUAAAACACUACAAUAGAAAAUGAUAAGAGCAUGCAGGACAUAUAUAAAGUAUAAAAGGUUUUGUACAGUGCUAUGUACAGGAUGUAUAAAAGGCUAUGUACAACUACACAAUACAGAACAGUGCAGUGAGAGAAGUGCAAUUAAAAAACCAAGGUACAUUAAACUAAAGUGACCAGUGAUAAAGUGACAGAGUUAAAGUGACUGAGAGGAGUGUCUCAAGAACGACAAAGGUGUAACCAACCCAGGAGAAAUUUUGUACCUGGAGACAUUAUUGUUGUGGUCAACUCUGCAGCUCCUCAGGGCUCUUGGCUCCUCGGCAGAGUUUUGGAAACAUUUCCAGACAAGAAUGGCCUGGUGCGCUCAGUGCGUCUCAAAACAAAAACCAAUGUUCUGGAACGGCCAGUAACCAAGCUUUGCAUGUUGCACGAGGCAACACUCUCCAAGACCUGAGAUUUUGUAUAAGAGGGUUUGUGUUACGGCUUCUGUCACUUUGUGAAAACCAUAUUGCACAUUGGCUCUUUGUUGCAUUUACAUGGUGUAAUUGUUAUGUCUGCUGGUAUGUAGAUAACAAUUAUGGGCCGGUGUGUUAGAGCCAAUUUGUAUGGUAUUGCCAUAUUCCAUAUUUGUGUAUUUAAAUUUCUCAUCCAGUAUGGAUUUUGGGUUCAUGUAAUUUUGAUGUUUCCCAGUAGGUAGCUCCACCUGCAUGUGAGGUGGAAGUGUUUCCUUGUCUCUUUAACCUAUAAAGCGCUUAUUAGAGGCAGGUGUGUGAGUGUUUUGUGACUGGUGAGAGCACACAAGUUUUUGACCGUCAAUUUGUUUUUUUUUUUUGCACUUGUCAAGGACGAAUUUGUAUGGCAAUUAUGCCUUUUGGAACCUAUUGGUGUGUUGUAAAUAAACUUUGGGUGGAUUAUUAUUGCAAACUUAACUUUUUUUUGACGAGUGGCCCAUUAACGCGUCACUCCGAUGUUUAGCCGGUUUCAGCCACGUCUUGGUUUGUAGUUUAUUGUUUUUUCUAGUCAAGACGAUACAGUCAGCUUUUUGGGUAUGGAUUAAGCCUCUCAGAGACUUUACAUUUUUCAAGGACAACAUGUAAAAACUUAACAGAAACAUGGGCUAACUUUGACUCUAGUCUUGGCUCAGUCACCAGCUUGUUUUUCUGACAGUGCCUCUGUGUAAAGGUGCAUCAUUUUCCUCUGUUAAUUUAACUUUUUUUUAUCCCCAUAACAGAAAGGAACACCACUGAAAGGACUUCAGGUAACCAGUCCUCUUCUAUCGUAUCCAACUGAGCCUGUGGCACCUGCCCAAGGCAAGAAAGGCACUUCAGCCUUAUCAGCCCUUCUGGAGAUGGAGCAGAACCAGAAGUGAGUGUAUCUUGGGAUACUGGGACCAAAUGUUGACAUCAGAGCUGUAAAUCUCACUGUUGGUGUUUUUCUCUCCACUUUUCCUCAGGACACUGGACGAGCAGCUCCAGCAGGCAAAACCCUCAACCACUGUCAGCGACACAACAAGUAUGACCACAGCUCCCACAUAUGUAGACAGUCCCCGAAAGGUGAGCACCUGGGCUUUGUGUUGAAUCAGAACACGUUUUUUUUUUUUUUUUUGUCUGCUGUAAAUGAUAAUUGUGAGUAUCCACCACAAACCCCUAAAUGGAUGUUUUUCCCUCUCUGGUGCUGGUGGUCACAGGCUCAUGCUCUCAUGUCUCUCCUUCCAUCUACAUUUUUCACUUUUGCUAAGCUUUGUGUGUUUGAUCCUGGGUUAUGUUCUUCUUGUAUGCUGAUAGGAUGCUGCCUUUAUUUUGGAUUUUAUACGUAGCCCUCGCUCCUCCUACAUCUAUUGCUCUCAGGUCAGUAACGGUUUCGCAGUGCAUCGCUGAAGCUGUGUUUUGUUGUGAGUGUGUGUGACCACAUGUGCUUUAGUUCCUUUGAGUCACUUUGCAUGACUGCAUUUCUGCUUGGCUGCAUAAGUGAGGUGUGUACAGACACUUUUUGAGUGGCAGUGCCUCGACAGAUUCCAGUUCUCCCUUUGACUGAAUUUUACUCUCUGAUGACUGUCAGUGGUUAACUAAAAGGAGAGACAGAGGGGCAGUCACCCCCCUCAUGACACCAUGUCUAUAGAAAUACCACCUAAAGGGAGAUUCCAUCAUAAAUUUAAAAUUAGGGUCAAACACACCAUAACACAGAGUCAGACCCCCCCCACCCCCCUUGAGAGAUGAAUGUUGCUGACUGCUUGCUUCUCUAGUUAUACCAACUUUCGUCAACCGUAUGUUAAUACACAGCGGUCUUUGUCUCCAUGUGUUGCCUAAUUUCUUAAGCAAAGAGACCAAACACAACUCACCCACUCUCUUCCAGCAGCUAACAGCCUGAAAAGUUGAUCACCAAAUGCAGAGGAUCAUUUCCAUGUAGUAAUAAUCAUCAUAAUAAUCAUUUUGCAGUGCAGACAUAGUAGUCCUUCUGCCUUAGCGUCUUGAUCUGAUUGCAAAAAACAUAUUAUUUUCACUUAAGUUUUAGAUGAUACUUUUUACUGGUAUACAGUAUGUACUUAAUGAAAUCAACUCAAAGGAGUUUGGAUAGAGUGACUGUAUUUUAAUUGCUGAAAACCAGGACACUCAGCCCGGCAAUGAGAUACUCAAAUGAUACUCAAAGUUUACACAAAGAUGCCCCAUAAUUUCGAUACAUUUAAAUUAUGCCCUCUCUGUAUAAUAUUAUCUCAUACUUUCUAUAUCCCAGGACACAAAUUCAGAUAGAUUUCUCAGGAUUAUUAAACAUAUUUUAUCAUGACAAAUUUUGAAAGCCUAAUUAAAUAGUGAUAGAAAUAUGUCUCUUCUGUGUUAGAAAGUUAAAUAAAUAAAUAAAUAUCUCUGUAAUAUUAGCAAUUCGACUUUAACAAAAGUUGCUCUCACAAACUUACAAAAACUUACUAACACAAAAUAUCUAUCUCUUUAGUUUUCUUCUUCAUCCUGAUGGCCCGUUGAAAAACAGUGAAAACCAGGAAAUUUUUAGUCACUUUAGAAAAACAACCAGGAAAGCCAGAACAGGAUAUGAAAACAGACCAUGUCCUGGGAACACAGGACGGUUGGUCACCCUAACCCUAGAUCCUUGUUUACUUCCUGCUUUCAUUCUGAGGUCUCCAACAUAAGGUCAUGAGUUUCCCCUCUCACUGUAUAUUGAGCCUUCAUUGUAACAGCGACCAUUAGCAAUCUUCAUUAAGUGGAAAUGCGUAAUCAGCAUUUCCACUUAUUGUUAUUCCCGUCGGCCAUUUUCUUUAUUGUUAAGUGGAAAUGCUGAUUAAGCAUUUCCACUUAUUGUUAUUCUGUUCUUUAUUAUUAUUAUUAUCAUUAUUAUUGUUAAGUGGAAAUGCUUACACAGCAUUUCCACUUAUUGUUAUUCUGUUCUUUAUUAUUAUUAUUAUUAUUAUUAUUGUUAGCUUUAAGCAACUCGUGGUUUUCAGCAAAUUUCAGGCUUUAUAAUGGGUGUGUAUUGGAGAGGCUAGAGUGUGUAAUUUAAAAGCUAGAGUGGACAGCUCUGCUUUUUUCGACAGAACCUCGCUCGAAUAUAUCGCUCCCACGCCCACAAAUUUCACUCCACAGCCAUAAAAAAAUACAUCAAAAUGGAGGUAUAUGUGUCCUGCUUCUCACAAAAGAGGUUUCAAAUCAUUGAAUCCUACCCCUUGGCAAGCAGAGGCCUGUACUACGAAGCUGGAUUAACACAUCCAGGAUAACUCUGCGGCAACUCGCUAAACUUCACCGGAUCUCCGCGAUCUCGAUCAGCUGUACUACGAAGCCGGAUAUCAACUCGAUAACUGAAUCCAGGUGUGGCCUCUUCAGAUCUGUGCGCGCAUACAUAAAGGGGGUGGGGUCAGUGCCACGGGACCAAUCUCCACAAUGGAGAAGGCUGCACGUCAUUUUUCACAGCUGAAGAACAGAGCAUUAUUUUACGAGGAGUACAGCAACAUUAUAACAGUGAGGAGCAGGACAGCUGCAGCCACUAAAAGCCGGAGGGACUGCUGGCAAAAAAAAUCACCGGUUGUGUAAAUUACAUUUGUGCGUUCAUAAAUUUAUGGCCCCCUAAUAUGUUGUCAUGCAGCGUGUGUAAUCACCUCCAUCAUAGACCUCAUUAUUUCAGACACAACAGCAGUGGGGAAAAGAGUACGUGGGAGCAAAUAAAAAUAAAUCUAAAAACAUCCUUUAAAGUAGUUUGUAGGUUUAUUGGAAGAUUUUAUUUGUAUAUUUAAACACGUAAACAGUGAUUUCCUCACACUGCCUUUUUUUCUUUUUUUCUCCAUCAUCUGAUGGUCAUGUCAUCUGCAGACACAUUUGGGGUUAAGAGUUUUCUAAUCUGCUUCAAUAAAUUCUGAAUGAUGACUGAUAUGCCGCAUGAAAUUGGAACCUGAAGCUUGGCAAAUAUUAGUGUAUUGCUUAGACUUCAUGCUACCUGAAUAUUGAGGCCGUCCGAGGAAAACCUGUAACGUUCAUAUAGAACAUCAUCAGGUAAAUCAAAGGGGUUUGAACGAUCAUGAAUAUAACGCUCUCGGCGAAGCACUCCUCUCACUAUCCGUGCAACGAUGUCCCCGGGAUCCGGCAAGAUUGGGCAAGCCAUUUACCAAGAGAUCCGAUUGGUCAGUGGGCGGUUUUUUAUACCUGCUGAGAUCUUAUCCUGAAACAUAACCUGCUACGGAGCAGGUUUGCCGUUCCGCGUAUGUUACCGGGGCAACGGACCCGGAUAAAAAGAGAUCCACCUUCAUAGUACAGAAAACCCAGAAGUUAUCUCGCUAAAACCAAAUCCAGCUUCAUAGUACAGGCCUCAGGUGACCAACUGUCCAAAUAGGCGGAGAUCUCUCCCAUUAACCCUAAUGUAUUUUUUCUCCAAGAAAAUCCUGAUCGUCACUCAGGCUCAGACUUUUUUAACUCGCUGUUGUGGCCACAUUUUUUGGAGUACAGACAUGAAAAACAGAUCAUUGUGUUCAUUAAGGGCGGAGGAUUAGUACAAUGUUCUUAUCUUCAUUCUGGGAUUUAAGGAAAUCACGCGAAGUGAAGAAGUUCAGAGGCCCUAAAUUCACUGCAGUUCAGUUCAUUAACAGUAGGUCUGUUAAUGCCUUUGAUGUCACAGCUGUUUAGGAUAAAAUCAUAACGAGACACACACAGUCUGACAAUGUGUGUGCGUGUGUGUCUCUGUCUAAAAGACCUGCAUGUACACACAGUUAAUGUGUCUGCUUCACCACCUAUCUCCACCCACAAACUUUGAGCUACAGAAACCAUUCUGGGCUUCAAAAAUUCAGCUCAUUGAGGACAUUAUAGGGUGCAUUUAGGAUUUUGUUAAUUAAUUGUAUCAAUAUGUUCAGCAGAGUCGUGGGGUUCUCACAAGUUUCUUAUCAUGAAUGUAGCCAUUACAGAGAAUGAGCUUCAGGGCAUAGUUUUGGAUUUCUUUUCUCAGCUUCAAGCCCUCUUUCUCCUGCUGUAAUUAUGCAUCUACCGUUCCCAUGGCAACCAAUUAGUGCACCUGGAGAUACACAGCUGACUGGAAAGCUGCUUCUAACUAGCCUGGCUGGGCCAUCCAGUUGCGUGAAUCACUUGCCAUCACUUUCCUUCCCACAACAGUCUGGACUUUGGUUAAUUGGGAGCGUGUAUUACAAAUCAGAAAAUAACCGGGCCAAGCAGUGACUGUGUUUCCACUGUUCCCCGGACAACAGGGAAAGACAGCCCCUGAUUGGUCCAUGUGUAGUUGGAGACGUCUUACACAUGCUGCGGGACUUUUCAAAGCGCCGUUCAUUCAGAACGCUGUUAAUUCUGCAGUUGACCUUGCAAAGUCAGCAGAAAUCGUUUAAAUCUGCAGAAAAAGACGUAAAAGACGUUGUUUGCUCGUACACGUUGAAAUAUUACCAAACCUUUACUUGAUGCUUGAGAGCCCAGCAGGGAACACAGUUGCGCACUGUGAUGAAGUCAGAUGUUUGGUUAUGGUGAUUGGUUACAAUAGUCUGUCUAUCAAGGAAAGUACUCCUGCCCACUUUUAGGGCUCCCAAUUGGCCAAAGUCCAGACUGUUGUGGGAAGGAACGGCAAGUGAUUCACGCAACUGGAUGGCCCAGCCAGGCUAGCUUCUAACGGCCAUAUGAGACACAUGGAGCCAGGCUCAGUACAUAGAGCACUGGGGGUUACAUUUAAAACCCUUUUUGGCCCCUAUCUCCUACCACAAACCUUGACCUACAGAAACCAUUCAGGGCUCCAAAAAUUCAGCUCAUUGAGGACAUUAUGGGGUGUACUCAGGAUUUGUAUUCAUUUUACUUUUCCCCACUUUAAAAUUAUUCUCAUUAUUCAUGCAUUAUUGAAUUCUUCAGACAAAUCCAAACUCAUUCAAACUCAUUCAAAACUUUCUGAUACUUCAAACCUUUCUAACACUUCAGGAUUUCUAAUUAUUUUCAGUUUUUUACCAUUUCAAAAUCAUUCUCAUUAUGUAUGUGUUUUAAUUCUUCAAACAAAAUCCCAGUUCUACCACUACAAUUACUACUUACAGUAUAUCACUUUAACUUGUAUCUUCACUUCUACCUCCACUGCUCUUGCUUCUCAAUAUUUUUUUACUUCUACUCUUACUUCUACCACGAGCUCUACUGCUUUGACUUCUACUUCCUCUAUUCUAAAACUACUUCUACUGCUUACAUUACUAUCACUACUACAACUACCUAUUAUCAUACUACUUUUAGUACUACAACUUAAACUUAUGCCACUUCUCACUUUUCUGUGUUUUAAGGUAAUUUUCUUCCUUAUCCAAUUUUUUUGCAAUUUCAGACAGUUUUUCUUGCCCUAUUAAGCAUGAAUGCAAUUUUAAUUUAUGAAGCACAUUCAUACUAUUUGUACUUCAGCAAUUUUCACUUUCAUCCAACUUCUACUUCUCUUUCUCCAGCCCUUUAUCCAAUUUUACAUUUAAACCUUCCUCCAUUAUUUUUUAUCAGUUUUGCAUUGCUUUUUCAGCUUUCAGCACUCAGCAUUUCCUGCAAGGAAAUGCAAUUUUUCUAGUUGGCACUAGUUUUAAGAACAAAAUAUAGUAAGGUUCAGGACUAAGUUUCUUUAAAGGCAUCAGUGUAAAGGCCGGAGGUUUCAGAGAUUCCCCACAGUCUACCUUUAAAUCAGCUUUUUACUCUGGACCUACUGAUCCCACAGUCUGGUGAGGUGAGGAGUUUGCAGCUAAAUAUCGUAAUCAGCUAAGAAGGCGCUCAAUGUCAUAAAAUAAUAAUCCAACUGUGUGGAAUUUGAACAUCACUGCAAAAUGAGACACUGCUCAAAAAAAUAAGAGAGAACACUCAUCCCUCCAUGGAUGAGAUAUUCCAGUGAAAAGAUCCUCAUAAUACUGUAAUCACAAUCAGUGAAAACCAAAAUCAUAGAGAAAUGGAUUCAGAGUCAGACUCUAAAUCAGAGUAGAAAAAUAAGAUCACAGGCUGAGCCAACCUUAUGUAUAUGGACUCCAUGUGCAUACAUAUGUACUCCCUACAAUGAGAACAAGUCAUGUGAUCUUCCAAAUGUUGUGUUUCUGAGAUGCAGACUAUAAAAGGAAGGGUAGAAACAAGAUCCUAUAUUGCUUAACCGUCUAGCAUGGAUGGUGGCUGCAGCUAAAGGCAAAGAAGCAAACAUUUACAAUGAAAUAAUGACUGAGAUCGGGUUGUCUAAAAAUGACUACUCCAGUAGCCAGUUUUGUUGUGUACAUUGUGUUUUGUAAUUAAUUGCAUAGAUAUUGUCAUAUGUCCCCUUAGAUGGACCAUAAGAUGUUUCAACAAGCACCAAUAUCAUCUGUCCAAACAGUAGGGCUGUAAUCAACCAAAGAAAUUCUUGGUCGACUAAAACCCUGAGAUUUUCAACCACCAGAAGUUGAUUAAAGUGGAUGCUCUUCAGUCUUCCUGUCUCCCGCCAGUCUCCAGUGGGUUGGGCGAAUCCAAAAUGGUGAAAAAAAGGGGAGUGUUCUGGGACAGGCUGUUACCCAUGAAACAGUGAAAACACCCCCAUUAGCACUUUUAUACAUUCUUUUUGAUGAAAUUGACCAUAGACUGUAGAUUGAUGCAGAAAAAUAAAGAAAAAAAAAUACAAUCAGAAUUUUGGUUUACUCAGCAGGUAUCGACCAAUUAGUCGAUCAGUUGACUAGGACUUAACAGCCCUACCAAUCAGAUUCAGACCCUCAGCUCUGUAGAGUAAAAUAUGAGUCCUCCUCAUCCUGUUAAACUAUCUUGUAACAUGGCUGGAUCUUUUCACACAAAACUAAGGGAAGGCUGUCAGCUGUUUGAAUGCAUGACCCCAGAAGGUUGGAUGGUAAAAGGUCUGUUCACUGUAAUAAAAUACUAACAUUUUCCCUCCUCUUCUUCUGUCUGGGGUUUCUGUCUGAGAUUCCUGCCCACUCCUAACAAAAGAGGUGAACAGCAGUUACUGAUCAUGGUACUUGCAUUAUUUUAUUCAACAUCAGCCUCUGUCACUCAGUGAAACUAUAGACUAUCUUCAGCACGAUCUUUCUAAUACUCUCUUUGAGCUCAAGGACAAUAAACACAUUUAAAUGUUGAUCCAGAUUAUAAUAUUUCAGAACAAACUCAGUACAUUCAUCUUCACUCUACUGUUAUUGGGGAAGGAAUCUCAGUGUCACAUAUCCCUGGACAAAUAACAGUGAAUUAUAUGUUUGUUUGUUUGUUUGUUUGUUUGUUUUCUAUGAUUGAAGACACCCUUUAAACACUGUUAAAAGUACCUCCUGCCUUUGCAGUUUGUUGAUGCCAUCGAUGCUCCAGACAAAGGAAUCCUUUCCUCAGUAACAGCUGGGACAGGAGCGCCUACUGCAGGGGAGACAGCAGCUAGCAGCAGCAGCACGGACAUCAGGUAUCUCUCUGUCCUGUUAACAGCAGGAAUAUUACCAACAUCUAUUACAUGACAAUAAUCUAUCAUCUAUUUAAGGAUUAUAAAUAUAUAUUUUUAUUUCAGGUAUCCAUUAUUUAUAGCAAUUUAAACUCAGGAGGAGUUUCAAAAAUGAAAACCUACUCUGUCCCAGUAUAAUUAAGACAGGACCUUAUUUUUCUGUGUGAUUAUCGUUGUUCAAUUCUUUGACAACAAACACUUCAACUGAUCUGCCUAAAACCAGCAUUGAUCAUCAGAGAUGUGUUUACAGUGGGCAGGCUGCAGCUGGAUCUCUUUCCCUGACAUCCUCUUCAACUCUCUUGGAGAUCUUGGAGGCCAUCAAACAUCCCACGUAAACCUGGUUCUUCUUUUUAAGGGUCUUGGUGGUAACUGUCUUUGAGAUCUGUUUGUUUUGGUAAGAUCAGGGUUUCUGCUGGAUCUUAAAAAGUCUUUUAACAUAUAAAAUCCAAUAAUUUGAAUUGAAGAUCUAAAAAUGUCUAAAAUUCUCUUAAAAUUCCAUAAAAUGUCUUGUGUAAAUGGAUGGACCAAUAACGAUCGCACCAAAUUCGGUGGAAUUUGGGCUGCUCCUCGCUCGUUAAGUUCACCAUUACCGUAACUACUGCGCUAGCUUAAUUAGGUGCAUGCACAGGCUCCUCUUCCUCCUCAAACCGCCCCUAAAAACCUUGCGACACUUUUGGCCGCAAGGGCGAUAUAUUCAGCGCCCCAAGACCAUAAAUUUCUGCUAUGCAGACUAGCCAAAUAUUUAUUAAUUUUACCUGGCAACUGUACACAAUUGGUUAUUUCUUUGCAGUGCUGGGGUGAUCUGACCAACGCCCCGUGAAAGAAUCUAUACGAGUCUGUCAUCGGAAAUUCAAUGGUAAAUAAAUAAUAGCAGGUGAAAAAAGGUAGUUUAAAUAAUUAGCAUUGCAAGUGGCCCCGCAUUAGUUGGUAAAAACAUCUUUAUUGUAAAAAUAUUUUCUUAGAAACAUUUUUCCCUUCAUUUUUUUUGAGGGAGGGCGGCGCCCCAGCGCUCCCUGUGGGCCGGCCACCACUGGUUUUAUGGAUUCUUUGAGGAACAGCUUUUAAACAUUGUAAAUUGCUCUUUUCAGACGGGGGUCUUCCCCACCUCCUUUUAAACGGUGCUGGUGAGGCCUCUUCUGAAGAAGAGCAAUCUGGACCCCAAGAUUUUUAACAAUUACCGGCCUGUAUCCACCCCCAUUUUUAAGUAAAUUCUUGUAAAACUUGUUCUUCAAGAAGUAAAUGUUUUUUUAAAUACAAAGGACAUUUUAGAGAAGUGCCAAACAGGUUUUAGGAGGAGCCACAGUACUGAGAGAGCCCUCUUAAAAAUUUUGAUAUCAGGUGCAAUUUAGAUAAUCGCAAACACAGUCUUGGUCCUGCUGGAUCUAACCGCCGCCUUUGAUACAGUAGACCAUCACAUUUUAUUAAAUAGACUUAAGCACCUGGUUGGCCUCUCAGGCACUGUUUUUAACUGGUUCACCUUUUAUCUCAAUGAUCGACACUUCUUAGUAAGUAUGGAAACAUGUUCCAAACGAAACCCAUAAAAUUAUGUGUGGGGUUCCCCAGGGGUCAAUUUUAGGUCCAACUCUUUUUAAUCUUUACAUGCUUCCCCUGGGGGACAUCAUCAAGAGGCAUGGCAUCAACUUCCACAGUUAUGCUGAUGAUACGCAACUGUACAUGGCCGUGUCUCCUGAUGAUAGCGGGCCAAUUGAUGCCCUUUUAAACUGCAUUUUAGACAUCAAGUCCUGGGUGGCAGCCAACUUCCUACAGCUCAACCAGGCCAAACAGAGGUUUUAGUUAUUGGUCCUGAAGGCCUGAGAGAGACACUUUUACCAAAACUCCAAGAUUUUAAAGUAUCAACAUCUGUAAAGAACCUGUGCGUAAUUUUCAACUCUGAGCUAAGUUUUAUUCCACACAUCAAAAACAUAGCAAAGGUAGGUUUUUACCACCUUAAAGAUAUAGCCAGAGUCCACCCGUUUCUCUCUCAGGCCAGCACGGAGGUGCUGAUGCAUGCUUUUAUCUCCUCUCGUCUUGAUUAUUGUAAUGCUCUGCUCUCUGACCUUCCCAAGAGGAACUUACAGGCACUUUAGCUAUUACAGAAUUCAGCUGCAAGAGUGCCGACAAGGGCCAGAGGGCGAGAGCUUAUAAUGCCAGUUUUAGCAUUGCUGCACUGGCUCCCCAUCCUUUCAGGAUUGAUUUCAAGGUUCUUUUAUUAGCUUUUAAUAAUAAUAAUAAUAAUAGAUUUUAUUUGUAACGCACUGUACAUUUGAAAACAAAUCUCAAAGUGCACAACGAUAACAAAAAAAGCAACAAUAACAGUACAGAUGUAUUAAUGGUCUUGGCCCCUCUUAUUUAUCUGAUUUACUUUUAUCAUAUCAACCCUCGCGGACCCUGAGGUCCUCCGGCACAGGCCUUUUAACCUUACCCAGAGUCAAAACAAAAACAUACAGGGAGGCCAUAGAAAGGUAGCCUUGCUGGGCCAUCUAGUUGCGUGGGAAGGAGUGGCAAGUGAUUCACGCAACUGGAUUGCCCAAACUGAAAGUUUCUAUGCCCCCUGGUUGUGGAACAGCCUGCUGGAGAGCCUCAGGGCUGCAGACUCUGCUGAUGUUUUUAAGAAGAGGCUCAAAACUCACUUUUUUAAGUGAUUAAGUGAGUUUAAUCAGGCUUUUUACUAUUUGCCAUUUUAGAUUUCUCUCAUUGCAAAUGUUCUUAAUGUUUAUUUUAUAUCAUUUUAUUAAUUGUCUCUGUUCUUAGUCUUUUAUUUUUAAUUCCUGUUACAGGUUUUUACUUCUUUUACCCCUUCUUUUACCCACCUCCUUGUUUUUACUUCUUUUACCACGUUUUACUAAUUUUACCCCUUUACUUCUUUUACCCCUUUUUUUUUGUAUGAAAAGUGCCAUACAAAUAAAGUUUAAUUGGAAUUGGUUGAAACCUGCAGAAACCCCGUAGGAUCCUUGACUGCUGUAAAGUUUUCAAAAAAGUAUUCAGUAAACAUAGCUUACUUUUAUAUUUUCAUUUUGGAGUGAGUUUUUUGAUAACAUUAUGACCUCGCUUUCUUCAACAGGACGGGUGUUCAGCUGCUUCCAGAACAGAAGGGUCUCCCAGCCAACUGCUUCAUCAGUGCAGAGGUUGUUCACUGGCUUGUCAACAAUGUGGAUGGCAUAGCUACACAGGGGAUGGCCAUAGAUAUCAUGCAGGUCAGUACUGUAGGUUUUGACUUAUCUUUAAUUUCACACAUUUCACUUUGAUGAGGAACAACAUAUCAGGCCAAUCAAAACAACUGAACAGCAUCCCCAGCCAUGUCUGAAGAAAAUAAGCAAAACAGUGUUUAUGAAAAAUCAAAGCAGAUCAAGGACAAAACGAGUGCAAAUCCACACACAAAACCCAGGUGAUUAAGGAAAGGAUCAGUAUUAAGGCAUAGAGGGGAGAAGUGUGUCGCUUAACUGAAGACACCUGCGAGACUGUAGAUCUUUAGCCAAUCAGCUCCUGAGAUGAAAUAGAUCAUAUGAAGGACACCCUCCUUGUGUAGCCACCGAACACAUCGCCAUACACCGAGGGUUACAACUAGCCCCAUACAGAACUUCUGUAGUAAUAACAGACAUUACAGAAAACGCUUAAAACCUCAGUCUGAUGUGGAUGUUUUAAUCCUAACAGAGAGAGAUGUAUUACUUUAAAAAACACUGAUAAUUAAUUUUAACGUCUGUGUGCCUCAUGCAAUAUGCUGUAUAAAAAUCAGAAUAAAACCUGCUGAGAGCUGUGUUAGCCCACAGCAAAGGUCAUUUUUGUUGGUAGCCUUGUGAUUAUCAAACAUUGUUAAAUUACAGUGUUUUGUUUGGAUUUAGUAGCGAGCUGCACAAAUGCUAAAGAUGGUUAGAGGGAGAAAGAAGCAGUGGUUGGGCACAUGCAGCAUGCAGUAUAUCUGUAUCAAAUGGCUGUUAUUAGUCCUUCUGAGUUUUUGAGCAAGACAGACAACAGCAGAACAAAGUCAAAAAAGAGAGAUUUGAAUCUCGGAGAUUUGGAUUAAUACAGAUGAACAUGUUGUGGUGUAGGCACGCCCCAGCACAGGGGAAGUCCUCCUUUUUCUGAAACUCUAAACUGUCUGGAUUAAAUCUCUCUGUUUGUAGAAAAUGUUGGAUGAAGGAUUGGUGGCUCAUGCUUCUGGAGAUGCCAUGCGUACCUUUGUCUAUGGAUUCUACUUCUACAGGAUAGUUGGGGAGAAGGAUGGUGAGCAGAUCUUAGUGGAUCUCUCAGUGUCAUUAUCAGUGCAGUUUUUAAACAUUCAAAUAUGCUGACAUGUUUUAUAUUUAGAAUCAGUGUCAAAAUGUGGACUGUUAAUGUUCCUGUUCUGUCCUAUGCAGGUCUGACCUCCCCACUCCCCCCCACAACGUCUGGUGGCUGGUCUGCUGCCGCCCUUGAAGACUUUGCCCUGUUUCAGAGAAAGUGGUUUGAGGUGGCUUUUGUGCUGGAAGAGCCUCGACCCUGUGACCUCCCAGCAUUUUUAUUACCCUGGUUACCUAGCCGGCCAGCCUCCUAUGCGAGUAGGCACAGCUCCUUCAGCCGCAGCUUUGGAGGGCGCAGCCAGGCUGCUGCACUGCUAGGUACACUCCCCGAUCCCUUACAGACCAGUCCAUACUUCAGAAAAGCCACAAUCUCCCCCUACACACAGUGUACUGUAGAUCAUACACAAAAGAACUGCAGCAAAGUGCCUGAGACUUUAUACAGGGGACAGAGGGUGGGUCUGUUUUGAGGCUUGUUGUCAGGCAUCAGAAACUGUGAUGAAAGAGCAUUUCCUGUCCAUGAUGCGUCCUUCACACCCUGGUUCAAUGUAAACAAAGUUUCUCUAUACAGUGUUCAAUAAGUUGACGGCUUUACCGGAAACACAUUGAACUAAUUUGGAUUUUUAAAAUACUUUUAGUUAAGAGAGUCAUUUAAAAUAUGUAGAAAAUGCAGCAUUCUCAGUCUAAUGAUAAGGUUGAGGUGAUACCAAUGUGUUAUUUUUAAACCUGUUUUUUGAUAUUGAGAAUAAACAGGAGACAUAUUUUCACCCACUCCAUUUUUCUGUCUUUCUCCUCUUGUCCUUCGCUUUGUCACUACUGUCUCUCGUUCUCCUUCUGUCUAUCUGUCUUCUAGCUGCUACCGUCCCGGAGCAGAAGACAGUCACUUUGGAUGUGGAUGUGAAUAACCGCAGUGACCGGAAAGAGUGGUGCAGCUGCUACUAUCAUGGAAACUUCUCCCUCAAUGCUGCCUUUGAGAUAAAGCUCCACUGGAUGGCUGUCACUGCUGCAGUGCUCUUUGAGAUGGUAAUUACACUUCCAAACAGAUGGCCUGUUUUCUCCUAAAUCAUCCAUCAUCCUACUGCAUGGGUGACACAAAGACAAGUUAGUUUGUGCACACAAACCGGAGCUUCUGUAGUAAUCACAGACAUUAUAGAAAAUGGUUAAAAUCUCAGUCUUAUGUGGAUGUUUACAUCCUAACAGAGAGAGAUGUAUUACUUUAAAAAACACAGAUAAAUAAAUUUAAUGUCUGUGUGCCUCAUGCAAUACGCUGUAUAAAAAUCAGAAUAAAACCUGCUGAGAGCUGUUUUGCCCACAGCAAAGGUCAUUUCUGUUGGUAGCCUUAAACACUGGAUUAAGUCAACCCUUCACAGCCACUUUUCUCGUGAUUAUCAAACACUGUUAAAUUACAAUAUUUUGUUUGGACUCAGUAGCGAGCUGUACAAAUGCUAAAAACAAUGGACACAAUGAAAUUUAAGAUUAUCUUUGUUUUAAGGCUUGUUGUCUUGAGGUGCUUCGCUGAGUAGCCACGUGUUGCUAGGUGAUAAGAGCAGCAGUAUCUGACACCAUCAUCAAAAUCGUAACAUCAGCACACAGUUCUUCAAAGGCUAGACUGUCUGGUUUCAGUUCAGCCUGGGUGGUGUACUCAGGCUAAAGUAAGGUCCAAAGAUAUAAAUGUUCAAAUCAAAGAGAGAUAAUGUGGAUCUCUAUCUGGGAUUAUUGAUGUGGUCUGAAAUGGAACUUAAAGGGAUAUUCCAGCAUAAAAUUACUUCAGGGCACUGUAAUGCCGAGUUACACCCCCCCCACACCCCCCACCCCUUGAGAGAUGAAUGUUGCCGACCGUUUGCUUCUCCAGAUUGACCAACUUUAGUAAUGACCGUAGGACAGCAAUACACAGCGGUCUGAGGAGCCAUAAACAAACCUAAAAAAAAAAGUCACAAAUAAUACUCAGAACAACACCUAACUUCAUCAACAGUACAUGUAGGUUCCCAGCCAUAGUACUAGCCACCAAACAUCUUUUUAGCUUUGCCUAAUAUCUUUAGCAAAGAGACCAAACACAACUCACCUACUCUCUUCCGGAAGCAGCUUGUUUGUGGGGGGAACCCUGACGAGUCGAUCAAUUUCAGCGGAUCAUUGUCAUUAAGUAAUAAUCAUCAUAACAAUCAUUUUGCAGUGCAGACAAGGUAGUCUUUACUAAUUUCUUUAGCAAAGAGACUAAACACAACUUACUAAUUCACUUCCAGCAGCCACUUAUUUGUAGCGAGACCUCGGGCCAAUCCAUUACAGACUGCUGCGGGGUGACGCAGCUCAAGGAAGAACAUUUAUGAUCAUUUCUUUAUCAUUUCCUUAAAGUAAUAAUCACCAUAUUUAUCAUUUUGCACAGCAGACGCAGUAGUUCUUCUGCCUUAGCGUUUCAGUCUGAUUGCAUUUCCAUGAAGAAAUGAUCAUAAAUGUUCUUCCUUGGGGCGGCAGUAGCUCAGGAGGUAGAGCAGUCAGCCAAUAACUGGAAGGUUGGUGGUUCGAGCCCCGUCUUAUCCCUAGUCUGUCCGUUGUGUCCCUGGGCAAGACACUUAACCCACCUUACUCCCAGUGUGUGUGUCCUCCACUGGUGUAUGACUGUAAGUGUUGUUUAGGGGUGGUCGGAGAGGCCGUAGGCACAAACUCGCAGCCACAUUUCCGUCAGUCUGCCCCAGGGCAGCUGUGACUACUAAGGUAGUUUACCACCACCAAGGUUUGACUGUGUGAGCGAAUGAAUGAUGUAUCCAAUGUAAAGCGCUGAAAAUCUGAUGCAUUAUUAUUAUUAUUAUUAGCUGCGUCACCCUGCAGCAGUCCAUAAUGGACUAGCCUGAGGUCUCGCUACCAAACCAGCGGCUGUUUGAAGAGAUUAGGUGAGUUGUGUUUAGUCUCUUUGCCAAAAAAAUUAGGCAAAACUAAAAAGAUGUUUGGUGGAUAGUGCUGUGGCUGGGACCCUAUAUGUACUGUUGAUGAAGUUAGGUGCUGUUCUGAGCAUUAUUUGUGGCUAUAGAGUGGCGUUUCCUUUGAGGUUUGUUUAUGGCUCCUCAGACCGUUGUGUAUUGCUAUCCUGCAGUCGUUACUAAAGUUAGUCAAACUAGAGUAGCAAGCGGUUGGCAACAUUCAUCUCUCAAGGGAGUGUCUAACUCAGUGUUACGCUGUGUUUGACCCUAACUUAAUUUUACACUGGAAUAUUCCUUUAACUGUAUAUUAUCUUUGUUGUCUGGGUGAUAGAGAGUUAGCUCAUCACUACAAACACAUGAUUGCUGUAAACAAAGCCCUGUCUUAUGUGUAUAGUAUGGAGAUGUCUGACCCUUGACCUUAAUUCACAGAAAACUCAUAAUCAUACAAGAAUCCAGAGAGGAGGGGGUGAAAACAGAAGUGCAUCAUCAGUCACUGCUGUCUUCUUUAAAAACUUUUUCUCUUCUUAUUCAUGUCUACUUUUUUUUUGUGAUACAUUGUAUCACUUUAGCUGUUCUCUUCCUCUGACUUACUCCUUUACAUUUAUUUUUCAUUUACAAUUUCACUUCUCAAUGUUUUUAGUUCUUAUUCCUUCUUUUUUUACAUGCCUUUCUAAACUUCAGUCCUCUUUGUCUCAGGUUUUUGUGGUUCGGUUCCAGUGUUGACUGGGUAUCGCAGGUUCUUAUGAUGUCUUUGUUUUAAUGUCUUUGUUUAAAUGACAUCUCAGCUCAUGUGACACUCAUCAAAGCUUUUAUGUCUUCCACCGAUUUUUAUUCUAUUUUUUUAUCGUCAAUAAUGUCUCAUUAGGACAUGUAGUCUGGGUUUUAGUCUUGUCUAGGCUCUUCCCCUAAGUAUUCUCUUGUUGUUUUGUUGUUUUUAUCUUGCCUUGUUUUCCUGCAUGUUAAAGCACUUUGUAAACUCUUGUUUUUAAAAAAGCUAUAUAAAUAAAGUUUUUAUGGUACAAUUUAAGAGGGCUUUGUAUUUUUAAAACGGAUAAAAAAGCAAGAACAAAUGUAAAAGCUAGCUGUGUUUCAGUUUGGGGAGUUAAGCAAUGGAAUAACGAUGGGUUAAAAUUGUGUAACUCACAGGUAAUAUUUAAAAAAGCGUUAAAAAGCAAAAUAAUUCAGGAGUACAGCUUUGAGUAAAAAAUUUUCUUUCAUUCUUUGUGUUUUGUUUUUUUUUUUCUUUUUGUAGUGCACCAUAUUUUUUUAAUGUUUUCUUUUUGAUGUUAAAGUGUUUUUCUUUUUACCUUAUUUCAACAUUAUCAAGUGUUUGAAAUAUUAAAAUGAUGUUAUAAGGAUUGUAAAGGAUAGGCAACUAUAAGCAUUGUGCUUCCGCCUAAUCCUUUUUUUUGGUCAAGUUUAUAAUUCUGUUUGUUUCUCAUUUGUUGUUAUUGUGACCAAAUAAAACCAUUCAUUCAUUCAUUCAUUCAUUCAUUAUUAUUAUUGUUCUCAACUGUUCUUCUCUGACAGGUUCAAGGCUGGCACAGAAAAGCAGCCUCCUGCAGCUUCCUGCUGGUUCCUGCUCUCGAAGUCCCCUUUGCACUGACCUCUUACCCAUACGGAGACCCACUAAGAGCCCAGCUCUUCAUCCCUCUGAAUAUUAACUGUCUAUUGAAAAAUGGCAGUGACAACCUGUUUGACGGUAUAGAGUCCACCUGUCUCAAUUCUGCACCCACAUCUACAUCGGCUGACUUUCUCAACUUCUGUCUUUUGAAUUCAAAGGUUUUGAGCCAGAAACAUACUGGGACAGGAUGCAGCUCUUCCAAGAGGCCAUACUCUACCGGUUUGUGGUGUUUAGUAUUUUUCCUGACUAGUUUGGUCAAAGAUGUGCUGAAAUCACUUUUACAAAGUAAAAUAUUUAAUGCAAAGGACUGUCUUUUAAAAGCAGAUCAGUGCUGAGUGUGAGGAAAAAGCUGACGAUCAUUUAAAUAUCAUUUAAAUAAAUCCAUAUACAUCUGAUCACUUUUCUUUAAGGAUUACAGUGAUUUUACUAAGUUGUCACAUACUAUUUUGUUGUUGUUUUUUUUCUCACUGAUCUUUUUGUAAAUCUGCUGUGUCUUCCAGGUUUGGGUUUGUGCAUGACAAGUUUUCUGCCUCUGCUUUUAAUUUCCCCUCUGAGAACAAGCCCCAGUACAUUCAUGUUACAGGUUUGUCACAUCACAACAUGCAAACAGCUGAACCGCCUUUUUUUUACUGUCCUCUUUGCCUCAGUUUCCUUUUUCUUUGUCAGGCACUGUGUUCCUGCAGCUGCCGUACUCCAAGAGGAAGUAUUCCUGCAAUCAGCAGCGCAGACGCAGAAACUCCACAACCUCUAACAACCAGGGGCCUUUUGGCAGCGAGGAGCAGGUUGGGUAUUACUGGGCCUACAACACCAUGCUGACUAAGGCUUGGAGGACCGGGGUGCUCAGUGAUGAGAGGCUUGCCGAGCGCCUCCUUAAAGACUUGACUGAUUUCUGCUUCAAUAAGGACAAUAGACUUCUGAACUUCUGGGACAGUUGUCAGGAGAAAAUGAAUGCCAGUGCCCCCUGA